UCUGUCACACGCGCUCCGUACGUUCUGCCGUUCUGUUCCUUUAGUUGUUAAUACAAAUAUAUAGUAUAUUAUAAAAACGUUAUUUUUUUUUUUUUUUUUGUUUUGUUGUUGUUUUCUUUUUUUCUGUUUUCACAUUUAUAAAGUAUAUAAUUUAUAUCUACAAAAAAUAUCGUUUCGUUACUAUCUCGGACAAUAUUUUAUUGUUAUUAUAUCGUAUCACCACGUACGAUCCACGGACUGGAAAAUAUCGCAAACAAAAUUUUCCGGUAUCCGAACACUGUUUUUUUCGAAAUAACUAAUUAAUCGACUAGUUUUUGUUUUUUUCGUUCACACUAACAUUUACUAUAAUACAUAUUAUAUUUUUAUGUAUCGUCGGUCGUUUUUUCCUUUUUAUUUGCGAUAAAAAAAAAAUCGCAAUACACCAUUAUAAUAAUAUACCCAACGCUGGCAGUCCAAAUUUUCGCAGUUCAAACGGAAAAUCACUCGACCUUUGGUAAGUCUUUUAAUUUCUUUUUUCUCUCUCUCAUUCGUAAUAGGUAUUGCACAUUCGCACGACAUUAUUAAUUAUAUUGUAUCGGAUUUGUCUACACGUCUCGUUUUCACAACGCUACGCAGUAUAAUAAAACGUAACAUUAUAGGUAGAGGCUCGCGUACGGCUACGCCUAAUAUCAAUUAUACUAAUAUUUAUAACGACGACGUCGCGUCAAUAGAAAUGUAACGAGAAUAUGAAUAAUAUUGUUUUAUAGAAAUAAAAAUACAAUAUUACGGAGCGGUUAUUCGGGUUAGGUACACGUGCACGCCGUCGAAAACCGGUCCGGGCCCGAUAAGCUCGCGUCGACGCGAUAAAAAUUUAAUAUAUCGGCUGCUCCCUCCCCGCCACUGCCCGCCCCGGGACAGAUAAACCGUCUGAGCGUAAUACCCCGCGAGCCUAAUAUUAUUAAUAAUUGUUAUUAUUGCGCGUUAUUCGUGUUGAAUUACAUCAUCAUGGUGAAUAAAUAUUUCGAGAGGACGCUACCGCGCGCGUUCGCCGUUUCCGUCUUGCCACACCGUCGUUACCUUCAAAGGAAUUUCUGUGACAAUUUUUGUGAAUUUUUCAAAACUUUGACGUUAAAUGAGAUCCGCGUGAUUCCAUUCGCCCAAUAAAAACGGCAUAGGAGCCUUGUUAUACGUUAUCGUGAAGCCAAUUAAAUACAAUUUUCAGCAGUGUAUUCGAAUUUGUUGUAGAAUCAACGGUUUAGUAGAUAUGAUCGUUGUUAUCAAUUAAUAUCGUGUUCAGCAGAAAAAAACACAAAUGUCGAAGUACUUCCCUUAAUUAGGAUUGAGAAUCCAAUAACGGUUAUGAGGAUUUUUUUUCCGUUGCAUUUGGGGUGUAGAAGUCCCCGCCACCAGAGUAUAAUACAAUAUGCUCGUGCGAUUGCGUUACAUUUACGCCGGUAGUAACGGUACCGUCGAAUUUACCUCAAAAUUAUCGUACGCGGGGCGUAUCCCCAAUGUUCCAAUGUCCCAAUGUUCCCCGACUGUUCAAGCGUUACCGGCCGCAUUGGUCGUUUUUCCGUCAUCGGUACUAAUAAUUAUUUUUCCCCAUGAAAAGUUCUACCCACCCUCCCCCAUCGUUCUAAUAACAGUGUUGACAGUUUCUUGCGCCACAUAUGAUUCCUCUAUGUAUUAUACGUUAUCCAAGAUACCUAGCCAUUUUACAAACAAUAUAUUUUUAAAAAUUAAUAACUCGAUUGUUAAUACGUUUUGGCGAUGAAUUAUUAUUAUUAAUUGAUCCACUUAAACGCAAUAUUUUUCAAAUUUCAAAUUCGUAGGUUUUGUAGUUUUCGAGAUACAGCGAUCAGUGAGUGAGUGGCAUUUGGCUGAAAUAUAUAUAUAUAUAUUAGAUGUCGAAACAAAAAUUUGUCGUUACAAGCAUUUACUGAUUACUUUAGUGACGAGCCGUUAAUUUUCUAAAAUCUAUCGGAAGUUAUCGAUUGCUGAAAUUGUUUUAAUUGUCACUAUACUAAAUAAUAUAAUGCCAAUCGAUUCACUAAUUUGUCAGCAAAAAAACAAUUUUGUUAAUUAAUCAAUUUUCGUUAAACUACACAAAAAUGUAGAAACUCAACGAUUCAUCAUUAGUAGAUAUUUGUAACACCAAAACUAUCUUAAAUUUAACAAAAACAAUUUUUUUCACUUUUAGCUCUAAAAAUAAUAUAAAACAAAUGCAUCGUAACGCUCUAGAAAUCAUUACAAGAAAGAAAAAAAAAAAAUAUAAAAACACCGAAAAGAACUUAAGUUAUUUCAGUUGUCUGGUCUUCGUAUUACACUCAUCGACACAUCGACACGGGAAUAUUUUCGGAUCGCAUAACCGAAAAUGAGGAAUCACGUGUUUUUCGUUCGUAAAAUCCAAAGGCACGGUAUCUAUACGAUUUUCUUCCAAUGGAUUAUUACCUCUGUGUAUAUUCUAUAGACGAUUAGAUUUUUCAAAUCGACUCAUCCCAUCCCUUUGCAUGCCUUUUGCAGGCGUACAUAUUAGGGGGGGAGGCGUGUGCUUAGGAGGGCUUAGUCUUAAUAACAUUCGAAGUAAUUUAGUCUUCAGUAUUAAGUGUGAUUGGGCCCCAGUGUGUAUUUUCAUAUUCUACGCGUGUGCUUACUGUAUACUUUCACCUCCGUCGAAAUGCAAAUUUUGAUUGCAUGCGCGCGUGUACGUACCUAUAUAUUGCGCAGUACGUUUGUUUUUCGGCGUUUUAUUGAAAUAUUAGGUACCCAUAUUGGAACCCGGUUUGAUAACAGUUGGGUACUUUCUUUUAAUAUUUUGCGUACACAAAUACCGCGAGUAUCGGCGAAAUUUUCCUGGGAAGAGGGGACGAAGCUGCGAAAUUUCACCUUGGACGAAGCGCGCCGACCGUUAAAGGACGUGUCCCCGCGAACGCCAUCGCAGUGUAAUUCCAAUAAAUUGUAGGUUUUUUUUUUUUUUUUGUUUUUCUAAAACGGUUAAUUAAAAACCGAAAACGACGUAGGUCAACGACCAAUCGUGAAGACCACCGAUCGGUCGGUCGAAAAUUACUCGCGUAUAGGUACGACGUUUGACGGUUAGGAGGUAAGUUGGGUGUAUACGGGAAAGCGUUUAAAAUGUUUAAAUUAACGAUUAGGAUUUGAUAUUAUUGCUUUUUUUUUAAAAAAAAUUACCGUUAUUCGACGUAAACAUAAUAUUAUUAUGCUGCAGUAUGCAGGUUAUCGCUUUCGGUUUUUAUUUUUGCGUACCGUCCGCCGGUUGAGAUUGAAAUCGAUUUGAAACUGCAUAGUACAUAGCGACGUAUUAACAACACGUUAUAGUGUAUACCUGUUUAUAUAUGUUAAGGUGAAAAAUUACGCAAUCUAAGAAAAACGAGCGAGGAUUUUUUUUUUCUUUGCGCUCUUAUCCGUAGACUGUAGUUUUCGUCGUAAAAAAGAAAGAAAAAAAAACCAUUUUCACGAAAAUAAAUCUUUCGGCGCCUGUAUCAUACAGUUUUUUAAAAAAAUAUUAUAAUAUUAAUAUUAUGUUAUUUUAAUAUUAUCAUCGUGCAAUAUAUUGGGCCAAUACUAUUUCGGUAACAGCCGAGCAUCAUCGCAACGCUACAGUCGUGUUGAUUGUUAAAUAUUUUUAAUGGUCAACAUGCGUAUUAAAUUUCAAUUAUAUUUAUAUAUUGUACAUAUUUUAAUGUACACACAUAUAUAUUAUGUAUUAAUAAAUAAUGUAAAGUCCAUCAAUGAUAAUGUCGAUUACCUAUUUAUAAUAUCGAAUUGAUUAGAGCAGCGAUGUACUUGAAUAUUUUUACGUUUAAAACAGUUUUUUUAUUAUUAUUAUUAUAAUAUAUUAUAAAAUAUCCAAGAGUACAAGCAAUGAAAGUGAUAAUGUAUUUUUCUGCAAAAUUUGUAUACUCGUAAAAUUAUUUAUAUUUCGUGUACCUACGUUGAAAAAAAGAAAAAAAAAGAGGUAGGCGAAAAAACUUUUUGAAUAAUAAUUUUGCGACGAUAUUGCUUAAAAAAUAAUAAUAAUAAAAUCAUAAAUAAAUAUUAGGUAUACCAUGUGAUUAACAGCAGCGGCAACUGCGUUCUCAAGGUCAUUGUUGCGGCACAGAGAGUGAAAAAAAAAUUGAGCAAUAAAUUUCAGUAUAUAUGUAAAACAAUAUUAUUCUAUUCGAACAUGUAUUUUCCACAAAUUUAAAAAAAAUAUAUAUAUAUUAUGCAGCGUGCCAUCGCCGCAGAUAUAGAUAAUAGACUUUAGAUAACUGACGGAUAUAGAUAAACCUGACUUCCAUUGUAGAAAAAAUGAGAGAAAAAAAUUGACAUAAAUGGAUUGGGCGUGACAUGAAAUUGAGAGACGAAUCAGACGCCGUAAAAAUUAAAAUGAAAAUAAACGUUGUAGAAAAGAGGGAAAGACAGAAAAAAGAGGUAGUUGGAUGGGAUAAAGAAUGAUACGAGGAUGGCGGGUGUAUACGAAAACGAUAUGGGAGAUCGGUUCAAGUGGAAGUUUGGGACGAGGGUGGCCCACCUCAAAUAAUUGGUAUGAAGAAGAAGGUAUAUUAUUUAUAAACAGUCGACGAGUACCUAAAUGAAAAAAUAUAAUUUAUUGAUCCGAUUUCCUAUACAUUACGCGUAUUUAGAUACACCGUACAUUUUAAUAUUUGCAAUAAAAAAUUUAAGAUGUAAACACUGUAUACCUGCCGUUAUUUAUUUAUUAAUUUCUAUAUAAUCGCGUGGUAUUAUAUAUUAUCUAAUAAAAUGAUUAAAAGGUGUUGUCAUUGCGGGCGUGAAAUGAUGAAUUACAAUAUUUUUAUGACUUUACGACCAACAUAAUAAAUUAAUAGUAUAAGGUAAGUUAUUGAUAUAUAGUAUUGUAUUUUUUUCUUUAUGCUAACUGCAGACACUGCAGUGCAUACUUAUUAUUAUUAUCAUUAUUAUAUCCCGAAUCGCAAUAUUUUUCAAAUCGAAUAUUUUCGCCAUAUUAUUAUAAAAAAAAACUACUGGACAUUUCCUAAUAUGUUUUUUUUUUUUUUUACUUGGAUAGAGUCUUUGUGAAAAACUUUUAUGUUCGUAAUUAUGUAAGCUACUACCAAAAACUCAGAUUUUUAAAUAAUUUCACCAUUGUAUUCAACUUUUCACCUUGUAUUUUUGUUAUCUUAUCUAUUUGUCGCCUCGGUCGUCGCUGCGGAGCAUUGGACAAUAAAAAUCCAUGAUGUAGUUUAACCAAAGAUUGAUGCAAGAAUUUUAAUAUGAAAUUUGAAAGUACUUUGUUUGGCCUAUUUCGACAAUAAAAACAAUAAAGAAAUAUGUUUAUUACUAUAUUUCUUUACUUAUUUAAAUAUUUUUUAAAUGCUUUUUUUAGCACUAUAAAACCUUAGUAAGGUUUUUAAAAGCUGCUUAUUAGUGUCUUAUAACUAAUAUAACUAUAUAACUAUAUACUUAUAUUGUUUAUUUCAAUAUUUUCCUUGUAAAACUUUUUCGGUAAAACAUUAUUCACUUGAAUCACUUCAGUGGUGGAUCCAGAUCUCAUCAUUUUGGAAGGGGAGAAUCACACAGGAAAAGCGUAUACUUUAUAUUACGCUAUUUGGGAUGAGGGGAGAAAAUUCCUCGAUUAUCCCUUAUAGAUCCACCAUUGACUUAUUUACUUAAUGUAUGCAUAAUAAUCGUAAUUGACUGAUUAAACUACAACAGCGGUCUUUAAUAGGUAUACCAAUGUUAUAUAUAUUGCUAAUAAACAAUGAACAAUUGAUGACCCAUACAGUUUAUUUGUUAUCGAUAAAAUAACCAUUAGAUUAACAUUAUUUUAAAUAGAGUUUGCAAAAUAUUAUGCAUGUGAAGUUGGAUUCGGUAAAUAUUUCUAGAUAAUUUCAAACGAUAACAAAUAAUCGAAUAAUUAGAUUUACUACUUACUAGUUAGUAUAAUAGUUAGUAUAUUAUUAUUAGUUGGAUAAUAAUAUUUAUCGAUUUUAAUUGGUUCGUAACUAAAAAAAACAUGUUCAAAAAUUUUGACUCGAAGUAUUACAAGAGGCGAGUGAAGGUAAACUUUAUAGAUUUCCAAAUGAAUUUAGAAUAUUUUUAUUCUAUUAAUUAAAAUAUCAACGGUACUUAUUGAUGUAUUUACGACUGUUUGUUACCAGCUGAUAAAAGUACUGUAUAAAAAAGAACCUUUAAAAUUGAUGAAUUGAUGAUACAUUUUUUCCGAGGCUCUUAAAUUUCGUGUAGAACAAAUUGAAAAGGUGUUCCAACAUGUUGUUUUAGAUUCUGUCCAUACAAAUAUACAAUUAUUGGUUUACUAUGAGGUGUGUUUUAUUUUAAGUUGAAUUUUAAACAAUGGUGACAUCACACGUAAUACGUUUAAAAUACAAAAAAUAAAAAAAAACAAAUUUAAUUUUAAGCACCAUGGUGUACGUAUGAUUUUAACGAAGGUUUGUUUUAAAACUGUUUUAUACCUAUACGAAAUUUUGUUUACCCGGCGUAAUCAUAAUCUACGUAAACAUUAUUAUCUUUGUCCUGAAUAUUAUUAUUAUGAACGACGGCCGGGUAUAAUGAAUAAAAUAUUGAAAAUUAAAUAUCUAAUGAAUAAUAUUAUCGCAUCUCAUUACAAAAUUGUAAUUAUUAUAAUACUGUUUUACAUUAACAGUUUUUUUUUUUUUUCUGAAAUAUAUUUUACAAAAAAAUAUUGAUUGAUUUAUUCGUAUUACGAUUAAAAGUUGAAUGUAAUUUUUAAAACCGUCUAAACCCUUAACGACGUUUAAUAUUGUAAUAAUUAUUAAUGCGCGCUAUUGUCUAUACCUAUAAUACUGAUUAAAAUAAAUACGCUUUUACUUUUGGUCACUUAUUAUAUAUAGCUGUGUAAUAUUUACAACGACCUACGCGUUAUAAUGCGCGUGUUAACAGGGAAAGGGGUCAAAAUACAAUAGAAUGUAGUAUUAUUAUCGUAAAAAAUAUCGCGAACAGCAUUAAAAUACAAUGAAAACAUUGGUAUAGUAAUAGUAGAAGAACUAUAAGAUGCUUCCGACCUACUUGUCGUCGAUUCAUCGUUAUAAUAAUAUUAUUAUAAAUAUAACGUCGUUCGGUCUUUUGUACCUGAGGUACGAAUUAAUUAAAUUAAAACAAAAAAAAAAAAAAACAUUUGCGUCCGAUUUAAGGGACCAGCGGCUCCGGGGGAAUGGAGAAACGUGGCAUCCUCUCAGUAGAGUGUUCGGGAAUUUUCAAUGGAAAGGGAUACAGUAAAUAUUAAUCAUGAAUUAAUCGUAGAACCCGAUUUUUUUCAUCCAAUUCGUCAAUGGGAAUUUAAAAGCCGAAAAACUAAUUUUUAAUCUGGCAAUUAAACUUUUCCUUGUAAGUUGUAACGCGGCUGAAAUAUAAUUUACAUCAAUUCAAAAUUAAAUUAUCAAAUAAAUACUUAUAGCUGCUGUGUUUAAAAGCUUAUGGUGGAAGGGGAUAUUGUCUCCUUGCCCAUUUUUAAUCCUAAUUUUAAAAUACGGUAUAUUACUAUAUUAUUAUAUUGGGAAAUAAUAGGGUUUUUCGGUGUGAUGAUUUUAUCGUGAUAUUUCGAGAUUCGGUCGUUAUCAACAAACAGUAGAUAAUAGGUAACACUCGACUCCGUAUUAUGAUAUAUUUAACUUGGGCUUUUCCUCUUUGUGGAAUAUUUCGUAUGAGAUAUUUUCAUAUUAUUAUUAUUAUUAUUGUCUCGUCUGUAUACAACCUUUGGUCUUGUACCCAUAAAUUAUAAUAACAUUUACGCCAUCGUCGCGUCGUUCAAUAAUACCUCUAGUUACCUCUACGACUAUACCACGGUUAUCUAAGAUAAUCGUGCUCUAUAGUCUAUAUAGUAAAGUUCUAUACUAUGUUACACCUAAAUUAUUUUCGAAAAAUCAUGUGGCCCCAUAAUUGCCUAAUUUUCGUCUGUAAAUUAAAAAUUAUUUAUAUUUUUCGAAUAGAGGUGUAAUGUUACACUCAUAUAGUGGUAGAAUCCAGGGGAAGGGAACAAAAAAUUGUUCAAGGUCGACUUUAGCAAAUAAUAAAAUAUAAUAUACAAGGUCGAAUUAUAUUAUUACACUUAUAGUGAAAACGUCAUCGCCGAGGCACACGUCCGAGAAACUCUUUCUCGGGUUCUGACUACGGUUUUAACUUUUAACGAUUUUGACACACUAUAAUAUGUAGGCAAGUACACUUCCUUUCACGUGCCACUGAAAUAAUAAUAAUAUUACUAUGUUGGUCGACGAUGAUGGUGGUCCGUGAGAAUUUCGUUGUUUUUCGUUAAUUACGUAAUCGCACAUAAACAACUCGGCACUAAAACUAAAUAAUAAUAUAUUAUUCUCUGAUAUCAGAGAACAAACCGCAGAUAACGUUUGAGCAAAAGCAUGUGUAUUAUUAUAUUUUGUUAGCCGGAUAUCCAAUGCCAUUACCCUGGAACCGCAUCGUCGCUGUCGCUGCGAAUUUAUGACAUGAAUUAUGAUGUCGUGCAUUAUACCACCGCGAUUAUCUCUGCUGUUGUUAUCUAUACAUAGAUAACCGUGUAUAAUAGUAUUAUACCACUUUCGUAUAUUAUGUAAACGAAACGGGCUUGGUCCUGGUCCCGUUCAGCCCUCCCCGGGUUGCGUAUUUGCACAUCCUAUAUCCAAGUACGGACCCAAUCGGUAUGUAAACACGUGUCCCGUCGUGGUUUUUCAUCGACUACAACCUAUAAGGUUUUAGGUUUACGUUUACAGGACACUUGCUUAAUUUUGAUGCAUAAUCAUUAACCAGGUUUCGAUCAAAAAGUUGGUUAUGUUUUAUAAGAUUUCUCGUAAAUCCCAAAACCAACUCGGUUACGUUUCGGCUCGAAUCGAACACGUAUAGGGUCUGUAAAUACGCCCUCGGGUUUUCGAAUGAUAUUUUUUACUAAUUAUUAUUAUUAUUAAAUAAUUCUGACCCAAUUAACGAUUCGACAGCGGUGGUGGUUCAUUAAUAAUAAUUAUUAUCGUUAAACAAGGCUAUAUUAAUCCGCGCAUAGUAAUAAUCGACGAAUAGAAUGUCGUCGUUAAAAAUAAAAAAUACAUACGUAUGAGUUUUAUAAUUUUCAAUAAAAAACCGAUUGAUCAGAUUGUAAACGUGUGAAAAAAAAAAGGAAAUGACAACUGUAAUAAUAAUAAUAAUAAUAAUAGUAAUAGUAAUAGUAAUAAUUGAAGGAUCCGGGGAUAGAACAAGAAUUUCUAGUCAAUUUUAAUGAGAAAUGUAUUAAUUUACCAAUGAAAUACAUUUUUUUUUCUUUCUAGGAGCGACUUUUCUACCGGGAAUCUUGCUCUGAUGUAUUCAAUGUAAAUCCACUAAAAGGGAAUUUUAUCUAGUUGGUACUUUGGAGAGAUCAUUUUUUGAUUUUCCAUAUGAUUUUCAUUAUAAUUGGGAAAAAACGUAAGAAAAACGGUAAAAUGUACGUAUAUGUGUAAAAGAAACUUCACUCCGAAUCAUUUUUCGUCAGCAAUGGUUUAUCGUUGCGUUUAUAUUUAUAAAUUAAAAUUCCUCUGUCUUUCCUUCCCAACUUCUCAUCUGCAUUAGUGGCUCACCCAUUGUCCGUAGUAUGUUCAUCUUUUUUUAAGUAAUUUUUUUGUUGUUGCUUGGUCUCGGCGAGUACCUACUAUCAAAAUGUCCUUUUGGAACACGAAUAUAUUGGUCCAGUGAAAAUGUAUUAAAUGAAAAUAUGAGAAUAGGAAACUUUAAAAUUUGUCCUGAAAUUGUAAUUGAAUAUUACUACUAUUCUUUCCCAGAACCCAGUAACGUACCUACCAGUGAGGGGUGGACAAAAGGACCACCCUCGGCUUCAAUUGAGCAUUUAUUCAACGUUGGCAACUUAUAACUAAUAAUAAAAUAAUAAUCUUUGCACAUUUGCACUGUAUACAAUAUACUGACUCAAGUAGAAAUAUUUUUAUUGCACGAUAUUAUGUAUCUAUACUUUGCAAAAUAAGACCAAGAAAAAAACCUUAUAUUACAAUAUAUGUAGAAAUAUUACAUUACUAUAUAGGUGUUUAUAUACAGAGUGUAACUAUUUGACAUUUUUACUUGUAACUACUAUAUAAAAAUGUCAAAUAGUCCUGUUACACUCUGGAUACCUAAUUUCCAUUUACUUUAAUGUUUAUAGCUUCUUCCAGUAAACAAUUCUGUGUACUACAUUGUCUGAACCCUUUAAAUUAUCGAAUAUCGAAAACGUACAUCUUUUGUCCCAAGGAAGAAGAGUUUAAACACCAUUUUUGACAUGUUUUUUUUUGACAUAUAAUUUUUUCCCCUUUGUUGUUUGGUGUAAAUGACAUAAUAGCGUAUUUUAAAAACUAUUGUACUAUCUAUAUUCAAAAUUGAAUUCACUCUUAUUAAAAGCUAUAGAAAAUUGAUCUAAUGAGCAAUUUUUCCCCGCGGGGACUAAAAAUGUUAUGAAUGAAACGGUAGUAAUAAAUUAAUAAAUAAAAACAAGUUAUGUAUAGAUAAACGCGGUUUACUCUAGUUAACGAGUUUCGUUUUCACUUUGCGAUGAAAACGACGAUAAUAUUAUUAUAUUAAUAAUAAUUAUUACUUAUACUCGCGCACUUGGUGAUGCACUCGAUAUUAUAUUUUUGUAGAAGUUUGCCAGCCUGCCGAGCUGCAUAAUGUUACAAACGCGGUCGGUUGUGCUCGAUUAUCGUGGCUUGUCGAUAUUGCCAACGUAACCGUACGUACCAUUAAAAUCGACUCGCCGUUGCCAGUUAAGUUGUAAGUCGCGUAUUCGAGCCUUUGCACAAAAAGUGCACGUGGUUUACGUGAUGCCUGACUGUAUACUACUUUUAUAUACAUGCAUAUUCUUAUGAAUAGUUAAUAUUUCUGAAAACACUACGCGUUAACCUAUAGUAAAACGCUAUAAUAUAUAUUUAUUUUUUUUUAAACCACUUCAAGACGCAAGUCGAUUUUAUGUAGUAGUAGUAGUACACGUAAUUUCUAUCGGAUUCGUUGGAAAUUAUAUUAAAAUAUAUGUAUAUUAUUUAGGAGUACUCGUCGAUUUGUAGUGAGCCUCGGAAAAAAUGCGAUGAGCAAAAGACAAAAAAAAAGCUAUAACUCAUUUUUCAAAUAUUGUGUGAAACAUACAAAAGACGUUAGGAUUCAGUAUGUUCUCCGUCCCCCUACUGUUCGCAGCUAUGGAACAUCUACAGACAAAUUUGAACCAAAAAUAAGAUCUCGAGAUCAAGGAGCAAGGGACCCGUAAUAAGGUACGAGCAGGGGCCUGUCGGGAAAAUUCCGAUUUCCCGGCAGGCCUAUCGAAGUCGAAAUUGUUUAAAGACCCCCGCGAAUGGACGGUGGUGAUGAACUUAAUGGAAAAACAAAAAUAAAAAUAAAAUGUGCACUUUCAUCCCUCUCUGCCGGGCCGCGGAAAAGACCUAGGACACCGAGAACACCGUCGCGUACAACGGUCGCACUACGGUCGGCGGGGUGUGUGGGUUCCGCGAAGGAAGACUCGGCGUCGGCGGUGAUAAACGAGCGUCUGGAACAACGUGUGCGUGACGCGGUCGUUUUCUCGGUCAUGAUGUCUCUCCCGGUUAUACGUAUAGAUAUAGGGGAGGUUGUAUAUGUUUAAUAUGGCGCCGGGAUUUGACCCAGAUAUUUCCCCUACGUGUGUGUGUGUGUGUGUGUAUAUAGUUAGGUAAGCAGGCAGGCACACGAAACUUAACGCGCUGCUGCAGAAGGGUCGUGCGCGGCGGUCGUGUGCGUGUGCCGCCCGUACACGCGUUUGUUAUAUUUCCGUUUGUGUGCGGCUCGGCGCUGUAAACUUGUGCCCUAAAAUACAUAUCGAUUUCGAGUGUAUCUACCAACUGUAACCCCUCCGCGUAUUUUAAUAUAGGCAACCCGGUAUAUAAGUAUACACCUAUACGCGCCAUCUGACGUGUCGGUGGGGGGGGGGUGAGGAAUAAAAUAAAAUGAAAAACAAAAACUGUCACUUUUCGUCGCGACCGCGUUACAUAUACAUCGUGUAACAACAAUAAUUACCGUUACUAACUAUCGCAUACAAUUACCUGUAUACUGUAUUUAUGAGGCAAUAAUAUUCAACCGCAACCCUAUUAUUGCGUACACUAAUACACCCGCAAACAAAUGUCACGUGAUCAACAAAUAUAAAGACGUACAGAUUGUACAGAGGGAUUAUUAUAUUUACAGGGCUAACCGGCGCGAAGAUUUUGAGCAAAACGAGCCGGUUUCGGCCGAAGAACGUUUACUGCUUUUUGUUUUUAAAUUUUUAGCUGGCCGAAAAACAGACGAGAAAUGUUGUCGGUUUAUUAAUAACUGUCCGCAUACAUAUCAAUAUUAUAUUACAAUUUUUCUUAUCUUCUUGUUCUUCUUUUGGCCAGCACAACUCUCUAUCGCUGCCUUGGACCAUAUCACUUCAGCGGAUUCUCUUUAACUAAAUUGAUCCAUUCAUCGUAGGCGAAAAUAAAAAAGAGGCUUAAGUCCCCCUAAAAAACAUUUCCGCGUUAAAUGUAUAGUAAUUUUAUUUAAGAGCGGACCAAUACUUAGUUUUACAUGUCUAAUAAAACUAGCAUAAACUUUGACAUUUGAAUGAAAUUUCACCUAUGCCAUCAACGUCAUUUCCCCGCAGUUUCCAUUCUAGCGCUGCUCUGAUAAUAUGGUACCAUCAUUUUAAUUCUCCUCUAUUUAUUACAUGUCUUAAUCAUCAUAAACAGGCCUAAAAAUUCUUGCUCGCCAUACUUCGUUUUCGAAAUGCUCCAGCUUUCUUUCUGUCUGGCUAGUUUUUGUCCACGCUUUACAGCCGUAUGUAAAAGUUGGUUUACACUCUAUACUAUUAUCGCUAGGUACGCAUAACUAAAUUUUAGUUUUCCUACAGAGAGUAGUUUGAAUCGAAACUACUUUUUUUAACACAAUAUAUUUCUUUUUCUGUCUUAUUUAUAGGAGAACGCCUAUAAACUCACUGGGCUGUUUUCACUACUUAACGUUGCUCCUACAGGCUGUAAGUAAAUAUACUUAGGAUCGUUCUCACAAACAUAAGCGCUUUAUUUCAUUUAUCCGAUUUUUAAACUGAGUUUAAGGCUGAUAACCGAUCACGAUUGGUCAGCGAUCUUAUAAACUUCGUUUAAAAAUCCACGUUUAUGUUGGUCAGAACGGCCCUUUAAAUCUUUGUCUUAUGUUUCGUAUGAUAAACUAGAAUAAAAAAAUAUAUGAAUUAUAAAUACGCCGAGAAAAAUAUAGAGAUAUAUCCUCUAAACCGGUGGUAUAAAAAUUAUGUUAUUGGACCACUUAACAUUUUUUUUUUUUUUGUUUAUUACCCAUUUCGUCUGCAAGUCUACCUUAAUUAUACCAAUGUAUAAUUAACCGAAAGACAAUAACUGUAUUAUUUUCCGCUAUAACAUUAUCGUAUUAUAUAUUAUAACUACGACCUAGCGGCUGCAAAGAGUGUUUUACUUUAAUAUUUAAUGAUCUGACAACGAUUCGACUAAAAAGACAUUUACAAAAAAUUAAUCGUUUGUCGCGUAUAUGCCUACAAUAUAAUUUAUUGUUCAUAUUAUAUUAUGUGUACUCAAUGAAUAACGAUAAUAAUUAUUAUUACGAUAAAAAUAAUAUUUGUCACGUUUCGGCUGUAAUACACGUAUACAAUUAUAUUCAAAUAAUAAUUAUAUUGUUUGUCGGUAUACUCGUAGUAAUAUAAUAAUAAUUGUGUAUAAUCGAAACUCGAAAAUAUACAAUAUGCAUUAUAUUAUAUUGCCUCGAAGUAAAACGUGUAACUUUGUGAAUUUACCUUAUGUUGGGUUUUUCCUCUCUGUUAUACAUUUACGUGUUUUACUACAUUUCAAUAUUCGUUCUAAGUAUCUAUUAUUACAUUUUUUUUUUUUUUUUUUUUUUUUGUGUGUGUGUUAAACGUAUUGAAAUUUCCUUGACGAAGAAGAACAAAAAUCGUAUUUUUUUUUUUCAAUGAUGACCUUCACGAGCCUAUGUUUAUAAUAACUACGUGUAAUUUAUAAGUAAUAUUUCCGGACAAAUUUUCGUUAUAAUUCACCGAAUGAGAUAUGUGAUAAGUGAUUUGUUAUUCUUCAACUAGCUUCUCUUAGAAUUUAAAAAAUACUAGAAUGUGAAUCGUUAUAAUAUAAUAUGUAACGUGCGUUAUUUUAGAAUUUAAAUACCUCGGCGUUUAAUAAUAUUUAUAAAAUACCCACAGCUACGCAUAAUUUUGUACAAAACGUUUUAAUAUAAUAUAAUUAUUAUUAUUAUUAUUUUUGUUGUUAAAAUCACUUUUGUUAACACGGUCGUCGGUUUGGCAUCGCGCAGGCAAAGGUCAUCACCUAAUAUUAUAAUAACAUAAUAUGUAAUGUAAUGGACACGUGCAACACGAAAAACUCGCCUAAAAAUAAUAUAACGUUACGUAUAUGGACUCGAUCCCUUUGCAGCGCGCACAUAGGUCGGUGUUUAAAAUUCUAUACUCGCUGCACAGUGUGUACAACUACACAAUAUAAUAAUAUAAUAUAAUAGGUAAUCGUUGCCAAAAAAACGUCCGAAACCCCGUUUGCAGCAUCCACUUCCGAUCGUCACGAGUGUUAGGUAACUAUCCCAUCGUAUUUAGAAUCGUCAUAACUCGAAAGUAAAGCGCUCGACCGAUUUGUAUUCGUAUAAAUACGCGUUUAAAUUUAUAACCGCUCACGCAUAAAUAUCAAUUAUACUUAAGAGGAUCCGCAUCUACCGUUUCAGUCUAACUAUCGUGUAACGUAUCUGCAAAUGUACAUUCAUUAAAUUUCAGCGUUUUUGUUGAAAUUCAAGUUUAAACACAAAUAGCAACACUCAAAGAAGAUAAGAUUAUUUCCAAAGGACGUUUUUCUAAACAAAAUAUACAUAAAAAAAAAACAAAAAUUAACAUGUUUAUGAUUUUUUCGUAUAACAAUUUUUUAAAAAAGAGUCAUGUUUAUCCAUUAGGAAUAUUUUCCUCUUUAAAUGUUGCUAGUUGUAUAUAAAUUUUAAUUUUAACAAAAAUGCCACAAUUUACGAUCUAAGUAACGUAAUUUUGCUAUGUUGCUCGUUAAUUAAGACUGAAACACGAUGCGGGUGUAGCGGCACUCUUAAGGAUUCUCUACACAUAGUUUCGUUCCUCUAUCUGUCUCGCGCGUAAUACGUAUAUAUUAAUUUUUUAUCGAUAAAUAUGCAUUUUUAAUUGAACUAUUGAUUUGUUUAAGCGCGUUAAUGACUAUAAUUACGAAAUCAAAAUAUUAAACAAUAUCAUUGUAGCAAUCUGAAAUUUACAUUAAAUCUUUAUGAACGCGGUAAAUAUUUAAAAUAUUCUAUUUACAACUAUAUAUAAGCAUUAUGAGUUUUCAAAUAAUUUUGGUUGUUUUAUAUAGAUGAAAAUUGUUUUGGUCAUAACCAGAAUCACUAAAAAAUUUACCAUGAGGUUCAUUAGAAAUUAUAUAUCGCGAUAAAAACAAAAAAAAAAUUUGAACGUAACGCUAUAUGUCUUUUUAAUAAGCUCACCGUAUCAAAGCCAAACGAUCACAAAUUAAACUCUACGAAUUUACUAACGGUCUAUAAUAAACAUACAAAAUUAAAUACCAAACUAUAAAUCUACAAAUCCCUCCGUAAACCAAUUUGGCCAAAUUGGAUCAGCGACCAUCAGUUAUGGAGAAAAGCCAAAAUUUCUUACUUAAACAAAAUACAAAACAUUCCAAAACAUUACCCUCAGACAAAUCACCAAUUCCCCACAUUAUAAUAUAUGUCCAAUCUCAUCCUUCACGCAGACUUACAUAUAAAAACCGUUCAAGAAGAGGCAAAACAUUUAUAAAAUAGGUUCCAUUCACGUCUUAUCCUCUAAUCUUAAACCCAAUAUAUAUAAAUAUUCCCGGGAAUUCCCCUAGGACGCCUUAAGCUUAAUUGGUGUAGAGAUUUUAAAAAUUUACCAUUCCGAAUAAUAAUAAUAAAAAAAAUGUUUAAAGUUUUUAUGUUUAUCACAUUGUUUGUUUUUUUCUUAUUACAUACUUUUAUUGUACCUCCCUGUUCUAUUAAAAUAGAAUGUAUCAAUCGAUUUUUUUUUUUUUUUAUUUUGUAUUAUUAAUAAUUAUUGUGAAAAUGUAUACCAUUACGAUUUUAACAGUAAACUAUUAUAAGGUUAUAAAAAUAAUGCGUUUGUUUGUUUUUCCAGGAUACUUUCUGGGAACUAAAGCCAAUACGACACAAAGUUACCUUAACGACCUGUAUAAAACCUAAUAUAACCCAUAACCUAUCGACCGUACUCGGUAAGUAACUCGCACGAAAUAAUUUCAAUAAUUUUAUUUAUUAGUGUUACACAAUAUAUUCUAUUAACUGUUGCGAGUAUGCUGCAAAAUUAACGGCGAAUAAAUGUACUAAACUAUAAUGUGGCAUACAAGAUUUUGUUUAUGAAAAUACUAUCACUAGCAUAAUAAUAUUGCGGUAUUUCAUCUUUUGUUUACAAUAAUUUGUAUUUUGCUUUCGUCGAUCGUUUAAUUCGCUGCACGUCGAGCAGAUUGAUACUUAUAAUGAACGAUGAUAAUAAUGCACUAUCGUUCUUAUUCUUAAUAAUAAUAAUAAUAAUAAUAAUAAUAACAUGCAAUUCUCGUGGAUCUACUCCGGAAUGUUAUAAUACUGAUAUAAUUUUAAAUUAUCUACGAUUAUAAGUUUUGAAAAAAAACAAAACAAAUGUCUUUUUGAAAGUACGAGUAUGAAAUAGUAAUAAUAUUAUUAUUGUUUGUAGCGGCGUCCGCGGUUUCUCUAAAAAAUCCCCGCGACAUGUACCGCCGCAGAAAUGUCGUACCUACCUAUUAAAUACCUACCUACUUACUUACCUAUUGUAAGUUUCUCUCGUUUUCGAUAUUUCCCGUAGUGAUUCAUUGUCAUAAAAUAUGAGCACCGGCUAUCCCGUAUACAUCCUAUACAUAGUUAAAUCGUGUGUAUCACUGCCAAUUUCGCCGUACAAUUAUUAUCUUUUGUCACCAAUGCGCAUAAAUUUACCGACUUAAAUAUGGCUUUCUCUGUAUAAUAUCUGGAUACCUAUUAUGUACGCAAAUACAUUACAUUAUAUGUACAUAUAUAUAUAUAUAUAUAUAUAUAUAUAUAUAUAUAUAUAUAUAUAUAUAUAUAUAUAUAUUUAUGUUUACGCUUUCAAAUAGUUGUCGAAAACAACACUCACCGCUGCUCUACUGCCUAUAACCAAGCUGGAGUUUUGUCCCAGCUAAUUGUAUUCCGUGUAUCAUGAUGGUUUGUAGAGUAUUUCUAAAUUUAAAUUCGUUUGUAGAGCAGUUGUAUUCGUCAGACGUCUGAUGCCCGUAUACACGAUUACCGUCACAAACGAAACGGGCGAACGUAAAAACCCGAAAUGUACAAAUCUGGAACGUCGGUACAAAUCUGAAAAGUCAAAUAAUUGAAUUUCAACGAAAUUAUAAUUACCGAUAGUUUUGGACAGUUUAAACGUAAUGUAAUUCAAUCAUACUGUCCAAAUUUGUAUGGUUCAAAUUUCGAUAUCCAUAAACAAUAACUAUUUUUUUCAAAUCCGAUUUUGGAAUGUUUUUUUUUCGACUAUUUAAUAUUUCACCUAUGAUCAAAAUCAACCUAUUCGAGUGGAUUAUAUAAUUCGUAUAAUGUGCACGGCCACGACUUUGAUUUAUUUCGAAUAAAAAAAAUUACAAACGCGUUUAUUAAUUUAAUUUUGUCGAUACUUAUAAUUAUAAUAUUAUCUUCACGCGGGAUAAUUAAUUUUGACCAGAUUGCGAGAAGACUCUUUCUAAAUGCUAUUUAUAAUAUACUUCGUAAUCCUUCUAAGGUAUAUCAUUAUUAUUGUAUUAAAUCGCGUUUAGUGUGCGCGGAACGGGAUCAUUUCAUCAUUUCGCGAGGAUGAUAACGCACUUGUUCCCAAGACGGUUAAUACAAUAUAAUUAUAUUAUAAAAAUUCAUUUACGAUAACAGCUGCGUUUAAGGGUAAACAAAGACGAUUCUUUAUAAAAAAAAAAAUAAUUAAGUAAAAACAAAACUAUUAAAAAUGGUUAACACUCGUAAAUAAUAAAGUAAAUAAAUAUAUACAUUUCGCAUUGAUUCCUUUUUUUUAAUUUUAUUUUCAUAUAUACGUUUUUUAUUUAUAUAUUUAUUUAACAUGUUGAUUUUUCAUAGUUCAAAUAUUAAUAAUAAGAAGAUAUACUCGUGUCUAUACUUCCUAUUAUCAAAUAUACAAGUCGAAUCACUCAAAACACGUUAUCAAUCAAUCAUAUUAAAUUCAACAAAUGCAAUUUUAGUUUUUAACACGAAAUAAUCUUCGGAUUUCUGUCUUUUAAGACCAUUCCGUGCAUUAAACAAAUUCUCUUCCAGUUCUCUCUAUCUACCGCCAAUUCUUUCCAAUUCAUUUCUGAGUCCCCUGUCUCUACAUCACGAAAUAAAACAAAAAUAUUUGAAACAUACGUUAACACGUAUUACAAUACAACGGAAAAUAUUUUUGUAACUGAUGAUAUUUGAUACCGUAAUACUGUGAAUAUAGACUGCGAUUGAGGAGGAGUUGCUCCUGUUUCUAGGCGGUUUAUCCUCCUUCCUCCAUAAAGGUAACAAAUCUACGUCUAUAUGAGACUAUAAGAGCAAUCAAAAUUUCAAAUCGGGUUACAUAAUUUUUACCACUAACAUAUUUUUUGACGAAAUUCGAACAAUAAUAAUAUUAUGAUAUUAUUAUAAAUUUAAAUCGAUCUCAUAUUGUUAUAUUAUACGCGGCUAUUUGUAAUAAAAUUCGUUAUUACUAGGGCAAAUAUUAAUAUCCUUUUGCAUAUUUGUAUAGGUUGAUCAACAGAUCGCUAAUUUAUACCAAAUUGCGUUUCAUAAUCUAAUACCAAUUUACUUUUUUAGAGCAUAUUUUAAGGAUUUUAUACAUUUUUGCAGCAUAUUUAAAGAUUUCGUACACUUUUAAAAUUUGUUUGAAAAUAUUUCAACGACAUAUUUUGGUAUUUUUAGUGCAUAUCUGCAUAUACGUCUAAAGAUUUUUAAAGCAUAUAUAAAUACCUGCUUUAGUUAUUACUAAUUAUUAUAUUGUUACGGUACCGUUUCUCGUAUACUAUAUCAGUUUAAAAUAAAAAAUAAAAAAUUAUUACAUAUUUAUAAAUUUUAACCUCGUUUUUUUUUUUUUUUAAUCUGACGCGAUAACCCAAAUAACCACGUGAAUCAAAAUGUCAAGUUUUUAUUUUCGCUAAAAUGUCUAACAACACUGUAUGGCUGCAGCACACAACCCGCUUAUACAGUAUAAUAUGUAUUUUCCAACUCAAUAAACCUUGUCCUAUAGAUCACUUUAUUAUUAGGUAUUUAUAGGUAUAACUAUACGAUAUUAUUUCAACGGGUGAAGGACCUCGACAUGAAUCAAUAAAAUGUGCGAGGUCCUACAUUAAUAAUAUCAUAAUAUUUUAAUAAUAUGUACUGUAUAACAUACAAACCUGCGGGUCAACGGGUUACCUCGAACGACUGCGUUAUGGUUUAGUUUAGAUCUGGUGGUUCUCUCUCUUUCUCUCUCUUAAAAAAAUUAUUUUUUUCUCUAUUCCUCGGGAAAAGCGACGGGCUGCGAGUUAAUCAAAAAGAAUUUGUUUACUAACUCUUAAUCAACUUAAGGGGAUAGAAAGCGGCGAUUUUCUGUCUUUGGCUUACACACGUGUGAAAUAGAAAUUUAGACGGUUAUAUUUCCAACGUACCGCUAUUGAUUUAGUGAGACGAUGAAUACUUCGAACGCAGAUUUGAACUUGUCGUCAAGUCUCUAAUUGAGAUAGACUUCCCCACUAUUUUGAUAUUUUAUAUUAAUUAUUUCUCCAAAAUUUAAAAUAUUAGAUUUUUAUUAUGCAUAUUUUAUUUAAGGGGAUUAAAAAUCAAAAAUGUCGGUAAGUCAAUUUUAAGUAUACUUGACGACAAAUUCAAAUCUAUUUUCAAAAUUAUUAUCGUUUCACUUUACCGAUCGGUACGUUGGAAAUAGAAUACGUCUUAAUUCUUAUGUUGCCCGUAUAUGUAAGGCGAAGACAGAAAAUCACCGCUUCCGAUCCCUUCGGUUAUAUACUAGAAAAAUUAUAAGCCGGGUUCGGAACUUGCAUACAAUUUUUUUUUUAAAUCUAUAGCAGAAUAUUAUGUAAAUUUAUACCAUGUUAUCACAAGUUAAAGUGUGCUUAUUUCGAAAGUUCAAAAAAAAAAUACUUUUUAUAAGUAUUUAAAAAAUUGUUUAAGCGUUAAUUUUAAGGCUAUAAUGAAGUUUAAAUAAUGCUUUUUUGUUGAUGUUUAGUGCUACAAGCCCUGAACCCCACUGUUAUAAGAAGUAAUGUUAAAAAUACAGUCUGUGAAAAAAAAAGGUCAUCUUUAUGUUUAUUUACUUUUUUAUAUUCAAUUUUUGCGGGUCUUUAAAACUUAACCGGGCUUGUGAAAAAUAACCGCAAUGCAAAAUUCGAGUUUAUUUAGUACCCAUCAAUUAUGUUAACUUAACCAUCGUUAACCUAAUCUGUAAUAGUUAGGUAACAAAAAAAAUAUCAUCUCGAUUUAAUUAUUAACUAUAAGUUUAUAAAAAAAAUUAACUUUUUAACUAGGCAAUUGAUUAUUUAACUAUUAGUUGCAUAUAUCAGUUGAUUACUUACAUGAUAUCUAUUUCGCAAUAAUCGUACCUAUGCAGGAUUUGACUUGAAAAAAAAAAUAGUUCCUUAUUAAAAUUGUGUAGGUAUUAUUUUUUCGUUAAUCAAACCGAAAAUAUUACGUAGUAUUACACAGCCAUAUAUACUAUAAGUAUGCCACGUGUUAAAAAAAUAUUAUCGUGUCUAAUUAUUAUUAUUAUUAUAAUAUUGCUACACGUUCGAUAAUCGAAUUGGUUGGUGUUUUUUUUUUUUUUAACAUUGUCGAAACAUCAUCGGACGAUAGAGUGUAUUACUUAAUCAACUUGCGUGCGCGCAACUAUCAUCAUACUCUCAUUCUUCAUAAUGUGUCUGACCUUUCCAAAAGAGUUUAAGGUCGCUUAUUAUCACUGAUGCAGAUGAUACUUUAUAUUUUAAUAAUGAUAAUUCAAUAUGCAUAUAUAUAAACGUUAUGUGUUGCCGAAGAGUAAAAAUAAGAACAAUAUUUCUAUAAACUCGUCCCGAAAACAAAAAAUACCUAGGUACUAUAUUAUUAAUUAUCAGGCGUUUAUACAGAAAACAAUUUUGUGGCGAAGAGGGGUUUACAAAUAAAACAAACAUUUUUAAUCAUAGAACUAGUAGCAUAUGAUUCGUUUUUUUAAAUUUCGGAGGGGUGUUUUACCUCUAACCGCUCCUGUAUACGCUCCUGAUAAUAACGUACAGGACAAUUUCUGAGCGAACGACUUAUACGUGCAUAUUCGAUAGUAAAUAUAUUCGUAAUUUUUAUUAAAUGUUAUUAUCUGUUUUUUUUUGUUUUUCGGUAACGGGACUGUCCAUACUAAUUUAUCUUUUAUCAGUUACAUUAGGGUAUAGGUAGGUACAACAAACAGCGGUUCCAUAUUGCCUGAAUAUCGAUGUUUUAUUGUAUAUUACAUAAUAUUCAAUGUAGAAUUAAAAUGUUUUUAAAUAUGCGUAUAAGUAGGCACAAAAUUAAUAGGCAAUAUUCUAGAAAUAUUUCGAUAUGCGUAUUAAUAAUAUUAAUUAGGUAUAUUAUGCUCAUUGACUUAUAGACAAUAAUGGCUAAUUUCGAUUGGUUUCACGUUUAAACGCCAGAACGGAUUAUACAUAUAGAAAUCUUUAUAGGAAAACCUAUAAAACAAUUUCGCAUACGUCUUGCCUAAACUUUCAGAAGACGAAAAAAAACCUUCAUCAUUUGGUGAAUUUCAAAAUUCAAAUCAUGGAGAUAUAUAGAUGUUGUCGUUUAAAUAUUUUGAAAAAAAAAAAAAAAAUCACUCGGCGUAUAAUACUACGAUGUGCAAUUUAUACUCUCUGCUGCAUAGUAUGCCUAUAUAUUACUAUAGCAUAUAAUCUAUUUCUCUCAUUUUGUAUGUAUCACUCGUAUAAUAGUACCUACCUAAAAUGUAUAUAUACCUACAGGUUUAAAAAUCGGAAAAAUUCGACAGGGGAUUUUAUUCGGAUUUAAAUAACGUUAAAAUAUUUUUACCGACAUUAUAUAAUAUUCCAAUGUAUCUAUAAUAUGUAAUACGAGUUUUAUUUUUUUAUCUGCAUAUGAAGGUGAGGAAUUCGUUCGUAUCCUAUACACAUACAUUUCGUAAUAAAUGUUGUCAAUGAACCUUACUCACACCUACAUACAUACAUAAGAUUGCGAGUAGAAAAACUUUAUAAAUAUAAAUACGGUUAAGUAAAUACGGUUUCAAUGUAAGGUACCAAUAAUAAUAUUUUUUACCAGUACUAGUGUAUUACAAAGAAAAAAAAUAACACUUUUGGAGAUAACUAUUGACUUGCCAACUCCAGAAACGCAUAUUUUUACUGACGUGUACAUUAUUAUUUGUUAAAUUGAUUAAUAUAAUAUGCAGUAUGAUGAUUACACAACAAGUGGUGCACCGCUGUCUAAUAAUAUAAACCUGUGAAAUUAGUACCUAGCCAAUAAGUCAUACCGAUAUCAAAACAAUUACGAUUUUAAUUCAAUAAAGCUUCUGGCAACAAGUUCGCUAUUUUAGUAUCCAUACAAUUUCGGAUUGCAUUUUAGUAGUUCAUUUUAGUAGUGCAUUUUAGUCAUUUUAUAGUUUAUAUUUUUUUGAAAAUAUUUUGUUGAUUUAAUAUGUGCAGAGUGUUCAAGCAAUUUAUUUUUCUGAAGUUAAAUUACGACGACUGUAAAAAAGUUUUUUUUAACUGUUAGUACACAGAAAUUGUUGAAUAAUACAUGGUAAAGACUAAAAAGCCCUAAAAUAAUGUUUUUGAUUUUUGUAAUUUUUACUGGGAAAUCAAAAGCCGUCGGCCGUUGGAUUGCUACUUCGUUGGCUCUACGCCGAUUUUCUAAAGUGUACUGAUAUCUCAGUAAAAAAAACACGAUUUAAAAUUUUAUUGGCAACUGGCCGAUUGGAACCAAGAAUUCAGAAGGAUCGGUAUAGUUAAGAUCACUACUGUUACGAAAAUCGAAAACUGAUAGCAGGAGUUCAGAAAGUGGGUGUACUGUCGAUUGCAGCUUCUGCGAUCUGAUACGAUAUUCCAGUUCUCAAGCAUUGUAGAACUUGUCAAUUUUUCAUUUUUAUUUUUACAAUAGUACACUAACAAAGUACAAUAAAAGUUCCGACAUCUUUAAUUUUUGAAAUAUUUAACGUUGUAUUUAUAUAUAUUUUAAAAUGAUACAAGUAUCCAUUAUAAUUCUUCGAUAAACGCGUGUUUUUCAAAAAUGUUUCGAUUUUUUUUUUGUUUUUUCCCACUUACAGUUAUAAUGUGUUUUGAAUUUUGCCAUAAUUUCAAUUUUUCAAAUCGUCGAAUCCAAAAAUUAAAAAGGUCACCUCAUUCUAUGAUUAAUAACAAUGAUAUCUAUAGUAAUCGGUCAACGAUCUCGAAUAAAAAAUUGGUCACGAAAAUGCAAUCGCGUUGUUUAUGAUAUGAUUAACGGCGAUAGGCGAAAAAUGUUGGGUCGUAUAUGGGUUUGUAUGUGAUUGCAGAACAAAACAAGAAGUCGCACGCGAGUGUCAUUCACAAGGUUAAUCGUGUUUUAUUUUGAAACCGACCGAGUAAAUCGCAAGACAUCACGAUUAUUACUCAAAUAUAUAAUUAAUUCCCGACAGCAAUAAUAAUAAUAAUAUUGUUUUCGUAUACACGACAAAAACUAUCGGUGGAGUACCGUUUUUUUUUUUUAAAUUUUUUUUUUUUUUUAUUUGAGAACAUUUUAUAUACAUUAUACAUAUAUAAAACACAAACCAAACGGAACUAAAACUCUUCGCCUUGACUACAAAAUUGGACACGCUGUUUUUUUUUCUUUUUGGUUAGUGCGUUUGUUGCAAAAAAAAAAAUAUAUAUAUACACGUAUAUAAACGGUUCUAUUAAUUUGUUUUACCUCUGCUCGUAUGUAUUUCGAAACUGUGCGUAUAGGUAUUUAACUCAAUAUCACUCGAAUAGGUAUACAUAAUAAAAUGUUUAAUAUUUUAGUUUAUUUAAAUGUUGACUGCAAGAGGUGCUAUAGAUAUUUAAUACUCGUCUAUUCGUUUCAAGUGCGUUUUUAUCUAAUCAGCAAAACGAUUUGAAUGGUAAUAAUUAUUAUAAUAAUAAUAAUAAUUGCAAAACGACUGUAGUAAAAGUGAAAUACGUAGUAUAAUAUUGCAAUAAAGCAUCAUAUUUUUUAACCAUUCGUUUAACAACAAAAAAUAAUAAUAUAAAUAAUAUAAUAAUAAAAUAAUAAUAAUAAUUAUACAAAAAUCAAUGAAGUAAUAUUCACACAUUAAAGCUUUACGUGUAACUGGUGAAGAAGUUAAAAGUUAAUAUUUAUAAGUUAGGUUAGGUUUGGUUAUUUUUAAUAGGAUAUUAACGGACUUUUUGUAUAAAUCUUUGUACUUUUAUGUUUUUUGCGUUUAUUUUUCACAUGAAAAUUACGCUUUUUCUAGUAUAUAAUAUAAAAUCUGGUAUGUUCGCUAUUAAUGUAUUAUACAAUACAAUGCAAACAUGAAAACAAGCGAUUUUCCAUUCGAUGUGUUCACAAUAAAUUUCUGAGCGUAGUUAAGAGUAAUUUUAAAAAUAAGUAAUUUUCAAAUUCAUCUUAGUUAUUAUAAUUUUUUUGGCGACAAUUUAAAAUAGUUUUAAAAAACCGCUUAAUUUGCCCAACUUCGAAUUAAUUUAACAUUAAAGUCGCUAUUUAAAUGUAUAAGCUCUAAAUACUUUUUUCCCGGACACGCAAAAUAUUUAAUAUUUAUUAUAGGUUUAAAGUGAAACUUUUUGCGUAUAGAUUUCGAUUUCUAUGAUAAUGCAUUAAUAAAAUAUUCUUCUCGCGCGAUGUCCACCAACUAAUAUACAAUAAUAAUUCAAAAUCGAGCCAAGUCAAAAACGAAUUACAACAAUACUGUAUUGUAAAAAUAUACUCGUUUAAAUUGAUAUAGAUAUACCUAUACUCUACUAUAUUAACUAUAUAUACACAACGUUUCAAUAAAAAAGAGUUGAGACAUCUGCUGUGUAUUUUUUUUUUUUUUUUUAACACAAUCAACACGUGAGUAAAUAAUGCAAUAAUGUUAUAUUUUUUAAUAGGUUGUACAAGUAUAACAACAGCUAUACUAUAAUAGUAUAGGUGUAUACAUACAUUUUUUUCAACCUACGUGCGUGCGCUAUAUAUUAUACGCAUACCCGUGCUUUAAAACGAUUUGUACCUGGGUAUACCUAUUUUUUAUAACGAUAUAAAAUGAGAGAGGGAAAAUUCAGGUAGAAAAAUAGUUUUGAGGAACUUUAGUAAAAUGUAUUUUAUUGUAGUAUAGCGGUAAUUUUUGUAAGGAAAGAAUGUCCAAAAUGAAAAAUGGCAAUCUAUUGUUAUAACUGCAUAAUACGUACGCGGUUCUAAAUUAAUUUUCAAUUUCGAUAAGGGCCCGUGUCGAGAUUUUUUCAAAAUCGGCUUUUCCGCCAUUCGCACCAGUAGAAACGAUGGGCAAGUACCCGUCCUCCAUACCCGGUAUCAAUAGUGACGAGAAACACAAUCGAAAUCCCUAGUUAAAUUUCGUUAAAAGGACUCGCGUUGAUGUACCGGAAGUCGUGGCAACAUACGUACCGGAAGAAAUUCUACUUUCCAGAGAUGAGCCGUUCUCGUAAAGGGUACGAUAAUAUUGGAAUGCGCGUUUUGCCGUCGUCGUCGUCGCGAAUACGGUGCCGCAGCGCCGUUGUACAUUUUUCGUUUAUCGUACGAUAAAAUAUGCCCGUGUACAAUAUUUUAUAAAUAAUUUAAAAAUCGCGUGGGAGACAUUGCGGUUUCGUGAUAAUUUAUAAUAUUAUUGUAAAGCUGUGUUGUAUAGUCUAUUUCCGUACGUUGUGCACAUGCCGCCGUUAUUCGGCACCGCGUAUCAAUAUUAUAUUAUUCGUAUUAUUAUUGAUAUUGUUAUUGUUGUUGUUGUUGUUGUUAUCACGUGUUAUCGCAUUGUCGUUUCGCGUAUAAAAUCAAUGGUUCAGAAAUAGCUAACUUAACGGAUUCCGCGUGCCGCCGCCGUCGAGCGUAUUAUAAAUUGAAAUGAUCGCGAACCGUUUGGAAUAAAAAUUUUUAUAAUUUCCCGUCGGGUUCGCCGGCGUAUGGCUUUACUGUUACCAUGAUAGACAGCUGGCUCGUACGCAUCGUCGUCGUAUCCGUAAUACAGUGUACGCGUUAUCGUGUGCGCUCGCAGAAAAAAAGUGAAAAAACGAAAUCGAACGAACAUACCUAUUAUUAUUACACAUCAGGUACCUUUAUACGUGAGCGAUAAAAGCGAAACACUAUGUUACAAUAUUAUUUUUAUCAUAUACGUAAGCGGGUUUUUUUUCCCAUCGUAUUAUACGCUACCUAUUUGCUGUUGUUAUUGUUGACCACCGGGAGCGCGCUGUAGCGUGCGACGACCGUCGUCGCGGAAAAAAUUACCCGACUACGCAUAAUAUCUACGAAGAAAUAAAAACCGAAUUCUCGUUGUAUGUGUGCAUAGAGCUUUUAGGAUUUUAGCUUUAUGAAAAAAAAAAAAAAAUUAAUAAUAUUCAAACGGGAAAAAAAUCGUAAUAAUUGGACUUCUAGACGUUGUACGCGACAAUUACUAAGAUGACGCGAGUUUUUUUAAAUCGAAAUAUUUAAAUACACUAAAAUACAAUUUUUUUUUUUUUUUUCUUCGCCGUUCCAGAACAAUAAUUCCGCGAGUGUUUAUAUCGAUUUCCCCGGUCAACGGUGGCAUAAAACGCUUUAAAAACGCUACGUCUAUAUUAUUUAAAACUUCUAUAUAAAAACGGUCCGAAACUACGGGCAACCGUACAUUGUAUACUCUUUAUGAAAAUGAACAUUUUUUUUUUCUACAGGUCUACACAUCUAGGAUUUUUUUUUCGCGAAAUCAUAUUAAAUUCCUCGUUUGGAAACGCGUAAACAAAUUAGGUAAAUUCGUUAUUCGCUCGGCACGCAUUAAACAAACAAUAUAAAUUAUUACGCGUCGGGCUGCGCCGUAUACAUGAGAAAUGUCGUUAUCUUAUCGAAACGAUAUUGUUCAAAAAAUGCGUUACCCAUCAACGCACUCGGCGGACAGAAAACAGCAGAAAAAAAAAAACAAAAACAAAAACUAAACAAAUGAACCUAACCGGACUGCCGUUUUUUUCAAUCGGUAUUCCGUCCGCUCUGCGAUAUUAUUAAUCGGCAUACCGCCCCGCCGCGGCGGCGAGUGCACCGCCGGUGCAGUGUAUCAUACGGGCGUGUAUGUAAAUCCGCGCGUGUGCGUGCGUAUAAUAUACGCGCGUCCGUCGUCGUUGUCGCCGGUUGGAACUCGUCCAAGGCUUAAUCCGGUCGGUCGUGUAUCGAUUCAUCGGCACAGCCCCCAUGACCUACAUAUUAUAAUAUAAUAUACGGCACUCGUACAUAAUAAUAUUAAAAAAAAAUUUAAUAAUAAUACAUAUUCGUACUUGGAUGGAACCGUGUCAGUCGGUAACGUUACGUUGUAGUGCCGCCGGUACACGCUCGUAUACAUCCACGCGAGAUAUACAGUAUAUUGUAUACCGCGAUUCGACCGGCGCAGCCAGUGUCCGCGAGAUAACAAUUUCAACGGUACGCAACGAAUAUAAUUAUAUUGUUUCGAAAUUAAUUAUUAUUAUUUUUUUUCUCUCUCUCUCUUUACGACGACAAUAUUACUACGCGCUACAUGCGUGUAUUUCGUUUUCGCCUCGGCGCUUCCACGACAUGCCUGCGUUUACAACCUGCGGCCCGCAGCCUGUCCGCCAGCAGCGCGUUAUGGGUACGAUCCCGUACGGAUUAGAAAUCGAUUUGCGCAACGAUAAAUGCCCGCGUAUUCGAAAACUAAAAUAUUAGAAACCGACGGCGGCGACGGAGACGGACCGCGGCGAUAACAAAACCCCGGGGCAGCACUGCCCGAAUAAAUACACCGCGUUUUGUUUCCAUAUUUUACAGCAGGCGUUUCCGUUGUUUUCCGUUUUGCGUUCGGUUCGUCUUUUGUACCCGCCUCGCUGUUUUCGUACACAUACCACUGUUAUUAUUUACGCUGCGCCGACCACGUUAAUUAUGGUAAAAUCCUUAAACCCGUACGGUAGGGCCGUGCAGUUGUUGCGCGCCGGCGACGUCCUUCGGCUGCGAAAAAACGCAUUUUUACACUAUCGAAUAAUAAUAAUAAUUAGCACGCGUGCAAUUUAAAUUGAAAAUAAAUAACGCGAUAGUAUUAUCGUUUUUACGGACGAUUGUACAAAAAAAAAAAAAAAAAAAAAUUACGCAUAUUUUUUUUACCGAUUUAUUGUUUGCGCCUUGUAUAACAUUGAAAAUCAAUAAAAAAAAUAAACCCCGUCGGGAACGAAUAUCUGUAUACUCUGUAUAUAGUACUAUCCGCGGUAAAUGUUAAGUCGCAGAUUUUAGUUUCGUGUUCGUGUUACACAACGACACCGAAAAGAUGCGUCAUUGGGGGUGAGGUUUAAAAACACGGGGCGAACAACAUUGACAACAUUUUGUAUUUAUGCGUAGGUAGUCUCGAUGUUUCGCAUUUUAUAUUCCCUUUGAUUUGAAAGUCGACCAAAUAUAUUAUACUCGAGGUAAGAUAGUAUUAGAUAGUAUUCAGUGAAAAUAUGUUUGACAUUGUGUUAAAUUAUUCAUAAUGUAACGGACUCUCUUCAUACAAUUUCCUUGCGUUAUUAUGGAACUGGAAAAUCAAUAAAGUAAUUGUGAUAUGGGAAGCAAGUUUUUUUUGUUUACGGUUAUCGUUCAAAACUGAACUCCGUAUGAAAAAAAAAUCACUACUGGAUUUUCGACAUUUUUAAUUCAUAUGCACACGCUUGUUCUCUGGCCGUAGCUAUGUGAUUUAUAAAAAUACGUAUAUGUUUACAUAGGGGAGCCGCGGGGGAUGCGAUCGGCUGCACAUCGUCUCCCGUGUAGUACCGCCGAAUUUCACGAGCUCGAAAAAUAAAAAUUGUCUAUUUUCCAUAGAAAUCCGCGAAAACGCCCAUUACGCGAAAAAGACGAAACCGCUGCAUCAGACGGUCCGGAAAUUCGGUUAAACAACUGCGAUUUUGUCGGGACGGAUCACAUUCAUUUCAAUGCGUAGGAGUCAUCGAUCUCGUCCCGCGACCGCGCUGGAGAAGACAUAUACGCGCCGCAAAUAGUCCGGUCUAUUUUUGUUGAGAUCGAUGCGUCGUCGCGCGCGUAACGCACACUGCGGCCGCGGGCCACCGCGAGUGGGUAAGGUUUCUAUCCGAGCGCGCGUCUAUUUUUCGUCUCUCCGCCGCCACGGAGAGGUCGGUUUAUUUAUACGAACCGCGGGUGUCCAACUCCGACGUCGUCGUCGUCGUCGUCGUCGUCGUCGUCGUGGCCGCCGCGCGAUGUACAAAAUAUCUUACAGAGCGAUUAUCACGAACCUAUAAUGUACAUUAGUGUUCGUACGCCCAGCUAUGACGCUCGUGGACGACGAUCGCUGCGCCUUACUUCCCUUACAACGACCCCGGUGGAACAUGUUCUCGUAUUCUCCAAUACGUGUGUAAAUUAGUAAAAACAGAACGAGUUCUUACAUCGCGAACGGACUGUAAACAAAAAAAAACCCAAACCCAAACCAAAAUCAGUUUGUUUCGGUCAGUUUUACAAUAACAAUAAUAGAUAAUAAUUGUUGCCGGGCCGCGGUAAUUGAAUCGCCCUGUAUGCGCGACGUGCAUUGCGCGCCUGUGAUGGAUAUUAUAACGGCCGCCUAGGUGUGCGCGCCGCCCGCGGCCGAGAGGUGUGCAGCGCGAUUUUGGCGUUCGCAACGAGCGCGCGUGUUAUAUUUAUAACGGCGUGGAGAUAAUAAUAAUUUGACGAUAAUAAUACGCGUUCGUUUUUGCAACAACAACGGAGGAAAAACACCGUAAAGGUUUGCCAAAAAAAAAAAAUAAUAAUAAUAAUAAUAAUAAACGCCGAAAAACAACGACAUAAUUGGCGAACGGUAAAGGUGUGCUGCGCGCGCGACAACAUUUUGUCGCGGCCGCGGUAAUUUUUCUCUUUCCGUCCGUAAAUACGUCGAUAAUUGAGGUGCCUUCGCAGCUUACCGCGAAACGUGAAAUAUUCUAGGAUCUUGGUUGAGCCGUGUGGUUAUUAUGUAGUGGUUGACCGGCGGUCAAUCGUCGUUUUUAAUUUUAAUAUCUUCCCUAUACCGCUUAUACCGGUUAGUUGAGUUCAAUCCUAAUCGGACCGUGUCCUUUUAAAUCGUCCUUAAAUCGCACCUUUAGUCGAUAAUAUUAUCAGUGGCGUGCGCUACCCUCCCCCCCUCCCCCUUCCCAGAUCUGCUGAUACGAGCUAUUAUUUACAAGACGUAUUUAUUUUAUUAUUUUCUGGCUUAUUCGAGGCCAUUGAGACCUAUCGCCGCUCCCAUUAUGCCCCUCCACACAGCUCUAUCGGAUAGAGAUCCAAUACUGACUUUUCUCCAUCCUAAGAUUCCUGUAGGAGCUUGAGAUGAAUCGAUCGCUCCACCGCUGUCCAAGACCAAGAGGCCUCGGGCUAGGGCCAAUCGGCUUCCAUUUGGUAACUUUAUUAACUAAUUUACCCGCCGCCCUCCACACGUGUCCUUUCCAGCUUAUAAUUCGGCUGUUUAGAACACAUACACUAUAUCAAGUAUAUCGAACAUUUCCCUUGGCUCUGCGUAAGUCCUACGUUUGUGUGCAUUAUUUUCAGUGUUCCUUCUCAAGCCGAAUAUUCUCCUUAAUAAUACUCUCUUUUGAAAUGUUAUCAAGACGUUUUUAUGUUUCGUAUUUAAUUUAAUCCACGAGCUACGUACUCGCUUUUUCGGAAAUAAUAAUACUGUAUUUUGACAUGUUUAAAACGAAUCAAUGUGCAAGUGACUUUAACAUUAUCGACUUGCUCACGGGAAAAGUUAUAAUCGCCGAUGUAUAAUAUGCAGUUUCGAUUGCGUAUAAAAAACAAGCAAUAUAGUAGGUAAAGUCGCGAUUCGUUUAUUUAUUUAUUUACAACCUAUUUAUGACUAGGUAUUUUGUUUUCGCAGUAGUUUUUUUUUUUUUUUUUUCACACGAUAAUAAUACAUUUGUGUAUUACGCACGACGACGACGACGUUUAAUUAUUAUUUUAAUUUCGCGUGUGCACGUAAACGGGAAACGGAAAAUCGUUAAUAUUUCAACAUAAUACUAAUAAUAUUAUUGUUUUUUUUUUUUUUACUAUUUUACUAUUGCGGUUGUUAAAAUAUCGCGUCGAAUAGUAUAAUAUCCUGCAAAUCCAGUGUUGCGACGUUUGCAGCCCGGUAUCCGUCGCCGAUUACGCGUGUAAUUUAUUAUAUUUUUACACGGUAUAGCGAACGGAUUUUAAACCUAUUCCGCGUGACGUCACAUAUUUUACGGAAGAAUAAUUCGCACGGUAUUCGUCAAUUUGGUAUUUGUUUCGCGGUAUCUAAUACUCGAGUAAGCCAGAAUCAAAACUCACAUGUUCCGAAAAUUUCAUUUUUCAGAAAAAGAAAAAAUUGGUAAUGGGGUUUCCUAUUUACUAUGACGAAAUCCAAAACGCAUUUUUUUUAAAUUUAAUUCAGACUAACACAAUUAUCAUUAGUUAAGAUUUUAGUCGUUAUCUACAUUUUCUUUCGAGAUUAAAGUUAGAAAAGUAUAAGUUUUGAAAAUUGUUGUAAUGGAAUAUGUGAGUUUUUGUUCUAUGGACCAUGUGAUUUUUGACACUGCUUAAAUAGUGAUUAUGUAUUAGAAGUCGCACGGUUCAACGGAACUUUUUGGUUUUGACACAAACCGCAACAUUCCGGUUAAAUGUAGAACCGAUCUUGUGCUCUUUAAACCAAACUGAUUGCAGAAUACGAUUCUUAAUCGUAUAAAACAGUGUUGCUAACUCAUUUUCUCAUUUUUUCGGAACAUGCAAGUUUUGAAUUUAGUCUACAAAAGUUUCAAACGGGUUAAUCGAUAAUUCGUAAUCCAGUUCUGCAAUUUAUCGUACAAAUAAUUUAUUGUUGAGUUGAAAAUUAAAAAUAGUGACGACGUAAUAUACCUGUACAAAUUUACAAUUUAAAUAUUUAAUAAAUACGAAUACAUAUACUAUUUGUAUAAUAAUACAAUAAUGAAUACUGUAUUAUGUGUAUGCGAAUUCGAUUUAUAUCGUUUAGUGAACUGAACGAAACAUUUUGUCAACAUUUACUAAAAACUCGUGACGCAAUAAUAUCACGGCGUUGACGCGAUGAGAAAACACACUUGACAAAAAAAUAAAAAAACUACCGACGACUUUUGUAGUUAUAUUUUACCGGUGUAAAUUAAAAAAUUCAACCUCCGCAAAUUAGAAAAAGCUAAGAGGCGAGCGUUCUAAAUUACUCCCGGUUCCCACUCACAUUUUAUGUAUUUCACGACACGUGUACAUUUAAAAUUUAAUACCAUUUUGGGUGGAGCUAGAAUAGUAGCCCGUUUAAAUGUCCUUCGCCUUCGUCCCAACAAUUUGAGAUCCUAAACUUCCACAUGACCCGACCCCUAUGUCGUCCUCACAUACACCGGCCAUACUCAUAUAAUUCUCAUUCAUAUCCAAUCGUCUUUUUUUCGUGCUUCCUCUCCUCCUUUUUCUUUUCGACUACGAAUAUAUUCGGUAUCUCUUUUUUUUUUUUUUUUUGUAUUACACCCCGGUGUGUUCAGCUUGCAUAUAUCAAAUCCUAUAAUCUUUAAUUAUUAUACAUAUAAUGUAAAAUUGUCAUUAUUUCUCUGCUGAACAAAUAUUAAAACAUAUGGAAUUUAUUGUAAUUUAGAAUAUGCAUUCACUAGGGGCCCCUAUUCGCUUCGAUUAUGAACUCGUAUAAUAAUAUAAUAUAUGGAAGAAAUAAAUAUCAAAAUGUUUUUUGUAUAAUAGAAAUAUUUAAUAUCAAAUGAUAGACAGAGAAAAAUGGGUUCACUUCCACUUUCAGUUCUAUAAACAUAACCACACGUGUUCCGUAUUGGAGCCGAUGAAAAAAUGCCGUUUAGAUUUUUUCUCGAAUCGGUGUGUAACCGCGAAAUUAACCCUUCCCCCCUCCACCGGUAAUGAUUACCAGAGUAAUAAGUUGCCACCCCUCGGUAAAAUAUCAAGGGGUCAAUAAUCACCGGCACUGCACCAGUACAAAAAUCCUAAAACCCGGUGUACGUCAAUCUCUUCCGGAAGGUCACCGCGUCGGGAAUAAAAUAUAAUAAGCUGUUCUAAAACUAGACGGUUCACGUGGGCCGCGGCACACCGAUCUGUUUGUUUUAUUUACGUUCGAAUAAUGCACCGUGGUCGCUUCUUAUGCGGAUCACGUCGCAUCGCGACCGUUGACGAAUGGUGCCUAUAUGUAUAAAUAUCACGUCUAUAUGAUGGCGAGAUGCGCUUUUGCGAACAAAACAUAUGGCGUGGGCGUCUCGAAAACGAAAUUUCGACUCCCGAGUAUACACAUUAUAUUUUCAUAGGCAAUAUCGUCAGGCGCAUCGUUCGGAGGAGAAUUUUCCAUAGCCACCGGAAAAUCGGCCGAGUUAAGGGACCACGCGAUUCACCUCGCAGAUUGGCCUCCGCGAAUCCCGUAGAGGGGCGGCGGUUACCCGCCCCCCCCUGCGCUCACGGUUUUAUAACGGGAAAAAAAAAAACCGUCUUUCAAAUCGUCCGCGUUCGCAUUUUUUACGACGGAUUUUCGACACGCCUGUUGUACAGGUGAUGGUUCACCGAUUUUAUAGUUGGGCAAUUCUCGCGCUCGUAUUAUACGUAUAUAGAAUACAAUACCGCGGCGUACGCGUGGGCUGCGAGACGGUACCUAUUAUGCGUGCGCGCGAUCGGCUCGACCCAGCUCGGCACCCGUCCUGCGCAAAAGCACAUAAACUGCUGCGGGGGGGGGACCCCGCCGAACAGUCGAUAGAGCGGCCCCUGCACGCCGCUUGUAUACUUACACUCUCUUGCCCUACUCCACAUUGGGCCGUUACUCGCCGUUGCCACCGCCGCCGCGGCGGCGGUCGCGCGCGUGACGUAGUAACGACGCGGACCGCUAGUGACGUCACACCGCGGCCGCCACCGCCACCGACGACGGUUGCCAACGGUUACGCGGGGCUCGUCGUCUGGCCAGGCGAUGCGCCGAAACACCCCCGCGCGAGACGAUCGCGGGGUUCGCCCGUCCAUUCCCCCUCCUCCUCCUCCUCCUGCCCCCCUCACGCCUCACCGCCGGUCGCGCAGAUCGUCUGCUACGCCACGGCCGUCACCGGGUACGCGACUCCUCCGCGCCGCCGCCCCCGGGUGUAUCGCCGCCGCGGUCUAUACUCGCGCGCGGUUCUCUUCAUUGAGGAUAACGCGGUGACGCGACGGCGUAUGUACCGCGUACCACAUAGUAUAAGGCCCGUGUAAUAAUAAUAAUAAUAAUAAUAAUAUGUACCGCAACAAUUACUACUGGUAUCACGCGGGCGAUCCGACGACGGCUACGUGUGCUCGUGCGUAUGUGCGUCUGUGCGUCCGGUACUCGUGCGUACGCGGCGGUUCGUUUGUGCGUACGCGUACGCGUCCGCCCGCGAUGAUGAAACGCGUGUAUUGAAACACCGUGCGAUAUACGCGGGCGUCAACUGUGCAAAUAGUGCAAACUCAUCGCGGGCCCGAUAGUAAACAGCGGUUUUUUUCCUCUCUCCCCAAUGCCUGUGUCAUACGCGUGGUUUUUUUUUUUUUUUUACUCUAAAACUCGCGUUUGUACAAAACAUCACGCGUGCGUACGUACGUAUACAUAAUGUGUAUGACAUUAUAUCGCGUGUGUUCGAAACUUGACGGUAAAAAAAAACGCGACGAAUAAACGUAACUAUACGCGUAUACCUCGUCGACUGCCGACCUUGAACGAACGACGUUCGCCGAACGGAUAUAUAAAUAAUAUAAUAUUAAUAACAAUCGUAUUAUUUUAAUAUUAUUACUGUUUUUGUCACGGUUAUUGUUGUCAACGUUCGCGGCGGUAUUUUCGAGAAUAACAACUCGAGAGGGCGCGAAACCCCGCGAAAGGGUAAACCGGACGCGAUUCAAAGGCGGCGGCGGACACAUCGUCGCCGCCACGCCAAAAGUUAUCGAACGUGAAUUUUUUUUUUUAUUUUUCGAUAUGAUGAAAUUGAUUUCAAUCGAAAACUAUGUGUUAAGUGGUUCCUAAACUACUACAGAUGUAAAUAGAAACGAAAUAAGGCAUUUACGCGCGCGUGUUUUUCGCUUUCGUCACUAUUUGUACGCGGUCACUUUCAGCAUCUGGUAGACACUGUCGACGCACAAUAAUUUUACAACCUCCCCUCUUUCUUAGACCCUUGCCACCGGACGCCCUUGUAAUAGCCACUGAGUAAAUAAGGAAAAAUAUACGGGAAACCACCUUUGUUUUCGCCUCCGGUAAAAGGUACCGGAAAUUCGAAUAUAGAUUACAUUAAUUCAGACAAAAUAUCGUCUAUCCAACGAUUAUACUGUUAACGUAGCAUUGUAUUGUUUACCGAAACCAGAAAAGAGCAAAAAUCACUGCAGGUCAAACCGGCACUGGGCAUAUAUUAUAUAAUAUUAUAAUUUAUGUAUACAUAUAGGUACGUGUAGCGACGAAAAAAAACAACAGAAAAAGUCGUGUUGUCGUGUUUAUGAGUACAGGGGACGCCUAAACAAUAGUCCAUAAAAUAACGCGUCCUAUAUAAUACGUCCGACCGCAGUAUAUGAAAAAAAAAAAAAAACACAUCGCAUUUUCCGGUCUAUUAUUGUAAUAUAAUUAUUAUUAUUGUUGUUGCUGCUGUCGUUGUUAUUUUGUGCGAAAAGUUGUUUGCGGUUUUCAUGUCGUAGUGUGUCGUACUGCCGUCUCGAUGAUUAAACGAUAAAAUGAAAUAAUGUUAUUAUAUCGACGUCCGAUAUUAUUAUUUAUAGGUACCUACGUAUACAGACUUCAGGUACUCGCUGUUUGUUUAUUCGAAUACAAUGUCUACAAUAAUAAUAUUAUUAUUACAGUGUCGGUGAAUGUGCCCCUCUGAGAGGCGUUAUCAGGGGAGCGGGGUUGCCAUCCGUUCUGUAUUUCAAAAGACGGUUGCCGUUUUUAAUCGAUUUGUUACGCGCCCCGUUUUAAUGAGUAUCGGUAAGCAAUAUGUCCCAUAUUUCUUAAAAUAAUAAGUUUCGAAAUGUUUGAAUAUCAUCAGGUCUAUGAUUUGUACAGUUAUCUCCAGAAAGUAUACAAGUUACGACCAUCGAUUUUUGCCAAACUCAAUUGGAAUCAUUGAUUUACGCGGCACUUUUUUUUUUUUUAAUUGUACAUGUAUCUAUUGAAGAUAACUAGCCUAACUCAUGUUGACAUUUUUUGUUUAUCAGUGAUCAUAAUCUAAGUACUGGUAAAUUAAAUUCCAUUUUGUAAAAUAAAUCGUCUCGUAUUUUUUACUUUUAAAGGUGAUAACCAACCCUAGGGGAGACUAUAACUACAUUUUGUUUUCUACACUGCACCGUAUGCAAACGUAUUUAAGGAGGAACACGUAUGUCAGAAAUAGUCUGCCAAGGUGUAUUAUAUAUUCUUCUUUAAUUAUUAAAGUGUUUUUUAUCAAUAUUUGUGUUAAGGAAGGAAUGUUCAAACAUCAUACAUGAUUCAAACAAAAAAGUUUGCAAGCAAAAUUUGAACUCCCUCUCCCCCACAGUGCUAAAUACGUACUGUCGUACUACGUCACUGUAUCGUCUAUUACAUUCAUAAUUAUACGUAUAAUUAUUGUAGUAUACAAUUUGUACAAAAUAUUAUCCAUCGGCACCCACUUGGUCAUUUUUAGUGAAUGUCCACUCCCCUCUUUCUUAAUAAAAAACACCACGAUCAGAUAUACCGAACCUUCCCCUUAUUAAUUAUCAGAGUUUCCCCAGUUCUGCCUCCGUCACCGCAGUAACUGUAUUUUAUCUGUAAAAAAAUAUUAUUUUGUUACAAAAUCUAACUAUACAAACUAUAAUUUAAUCGUUUACCAUUCAUUUUCCACAGCGUACCACAGUAGUAUAAGAAAAAUCUUAACCUACUGUAGAGUUACGAUGUGUGGGUCCACAUUUUGACGUAGAAAACCCCUUUUAAAAAAUGUUCUGUAGGGUAUUCGAUUACAGAACUUACUGUUAGCAAGCUAUUUAUAUUGUUUUUUACAUUUUUUGUUUCUGAUACCCACUGCGCUGCGCGGUAAAUCGAUUUCGUAUAUUAUUGCUUUUAAAUGCGUCCGAGAGCGAGGCGUAUAAUUUUUUUAUUCAAAUAUACUAUGGACGGUGGCGUUAACACACACACACACACACACACACACACACAUACACACAUACAUAUUACAGUAUAUACGUAUAAAUAUAUAAUUAUGCAAGUAUAGCGUAUAGUCGUGAUUAAUUAUUCAUUCAAACCCGAUCGUCUUCUGCGGUGUAUUAUGUGGUCGUGAACACCACGACAAAACGUUAUGCGCGUAAUAAUAUUACGAUUAAUACUAAUAUUCGUGUAAUAAUAAGUUAUUUAUUAUUUUAUUCGACUACGUUUCGAUGUUUCGUAAAAAUAUUUCGGACCGGGCAAUUAUUAUAAUUAUUAACGUGGAGUAGAUACGCUAAAUUUAACAUUGGGCGUGCACAGACUUCAUCUACAGAUUAUGCAAUAUUAUAGAAAAAUAGAACCCCGAAGUAUUGUAAUCAAAUUUAAUUGUCGGGCCCGGCUAAACAAAAAUAUAAUUAAAUAAUCACACAACGUCAAAUCACGUAGAUCUUAUUACAACGUGCUAUAGUUUGAAUUAGAUUAAUUAUAGCAAAUGUAAAAAUGACUCAAGUUUAAGUAUUUAUAUUUAUACUGUACAUUUUUGUGCCCCUGCAUACAAAGCCGCAGACUAUGCAGUGGCGUACCCUGCAUACGCCUAUGCUAAAUAUAUCUUUGGUCCCAGGUAAAAAGGGUUUCGGCCAACUUCGUAUAGUCUUCAAUACAAAGAAACUAAAUUUUAAGAAUUGCUAAACGGCUUUUACUAGGUAUGUAUAAUAAAUAUGCCUUAUACCUUUUUUUUCUAAAUAAAAAGUACAAUAUAGUGAUUUAAGAUAUUUUAAUUUUGAGGAUAACAUUUCGUGUUAAAUUUUAGAAUAUAUAUGCAUUAUACAUAAACUUUAUGCCAUUUAGAUAAAAAAAAAAGGGUAGAAAAUUAUUUUAAAAAUGCCGAAAAUUUACUUAAAUUAUUUUUUCCCGGGACCAAAGGUAUAAUAUAACGAUCUUUGAGAGCACACCCACUAGCAUUCUUUUUAAACCGUUUUAAAAUUUCUUGUAGUAACGUCGUUAGGUAUGCACUAGUGAUCUACCUCUAGAAUACACCACGCAGUUGUAUUGCUCUUGUUAACCGCCUCUGCUGCACUGUUUUAAAGUAAAACGAUUUCUAAACCUAAUUAUUUUAUUAUACACGUUUCUGAUUUUUGUAAAAACCUCAUCGCGUAGUCUCUUUGAACGUUUUUUAUAUGGUGUCUAUUAGCAUACAAUUUUACAAAUGUAUGCAUACAAUAAUAUUUUCUAGUAGUAAUACCGUUUCCCCUUAAUAAUAGGUUUAUGGGUUAGAUUUACCUAUUCUCCCUCCUUUCCUCGACCCAGUGGCUUGGAAAACCCUGGUCUCGAUUGUAAUAAUAAUAAUAAUAAUAUUGUCGAGUAUCGGCGGUAACACUGCGCAUCCGCACGAAAUGGAUUUGCAUAAAUUAUGUAUAGGUAUAGGUACACGGGGAGGGUAUAUGCGCACGCGAGAGGGUGAACUUUUUGACCUUGACUUUCGUUCGGACGUUUAUUUUGCUAUUAGAAGGGGGAAAGGGAGGUGAAGGGGAGAGUGCGCGGAACAGUUGCAGUCGGGACAGGGUUGGCGAUAACAAUAUAUUGUAUUGUAGCCAACCUUUAAUAUAAUAUAUUAGGUAUAUACCAGCGCGGUAUGCUUAUGGUAUAUACCACAAUAUUUCGCGUGGCGCUUGUGUUUAUAUAAUAUGUACUAUAUGUUAUAUUGUAUAUACAAUGUGUGCUUUAAUGAAUUCGACCUUGCGUAAGGUUAGCUUUAUAAUACGAAUUUCCACACGGCGUAAAACGCGUAUAUAGCACAAUGGUAUAAUUACAACAGUUGUACAGCCGCCAGUGCGGUACAUCAUGUGCAAGAGUACUACGUGUAUAUGUAUAUUUUAUCCCGUAAAAAAAAAAAAAAAUACCAUUUGUUCUCAGACAAUUUUUAUUAUUUAUUUUUUAAUAUUAUAUUGUUUCCGGGAUUUUUUUUUGCUCUGUCGUCGUGUUCGCGAAAACCGUAAAAAUAUUCAAAAAUAUUAAUAAUGAUAAUAGAACAGUCUAUAUAAUCGCAGCGGCGGAAACCUUCGCGUAAAAAAAAUAUCAUAUAUACGUUUAUAUAUUAGAGGACACUCGUUAUGCGGCAUUGUAUAUAAUAAUAUAUUAUACGUACUUAUAUACGCACCCACGUUCGCGGUUUUAUUUUGUUCGAUUGACGAAUUCGCAAAAAAGAAAAAUAGAUACAAAUUUCAUACUAAAAAAAAUCAUACCCGCAGUAUUAUAAUCGCCGACUAUAUACGGGCGUAGGAACAUUUUUGGCACUACUAUACAUUAUUAUAUAGUGACCCCAGUCCAGGGGCGGGGUGUAAGCAGAGUUCGGGCCAUGAGAUGGGAAUUUAUCCAGGCCACGCGACAUCCCUACCCCACAAUAAAAUACCGAAACAAAAUUGUUCUAGAUCCCAAUGCUUAUAUUAUUCGUAUAGAAAGCCUACAAUAUUAUAAAAAUAUAUUUUUAGUUGAUUGUCAACUUUUAAAUGAUAUUGAAAUUGAAACAAUGUGUUCAAGUGUUUGAAAACUUUUAAUCAGACCGUAAAAUAAGCCGUCUAGAAAAUUAUCGUUUCUCGACAGGCCACUCCAUCCCAGACCCAAUAAAAUACGUGAUAACGGUCAUUUCGCGAUGAUAAUAAAAUAAUGCUUGGGCACCAAAAGUUAUAAAAACCAUGGCACGUUUGGGCUCUGGUUAUAUUUACAGUCUUCAAUUUAAUUAUGCGAAAUGUUAUUUAUUUAUUUUUUUUUUUUUUUUAAUACUUAAUGAUUAAUGGACCUAUGUAAAAUCUUUUCGAAAAUUAUUUUGAUUUAAUAAAAAGAAAACGGUGGAACAUGUUUUUCGAUUUGGCAUUACUGUUGUCUCGUCUGCAAAGCACAUUUGCAAAAUGAUAUAUAAUAUGCAUAUGUAUAGUAUAUACCAAUUUUCUGUCCAAAUGAUGACGACGGCCAAUUUCCUCACCAGGUGCAUAGAAAUUAUAAUAACAAUUGGAGAUUGUUUAAAAUUAUGAAAUUUCGAAAGAUCGAAAACCUGGUACGAUGGCAACGUCCCAGUGCAUGCAUAUUUUUAGUGAUGCUCAUUAUUAUGUAGGUUGGUUUUCGUUUUUGUUCCGCCGACACGACGUUUUUAUGCGAUUGCGACGACGGUUUUAUGUGACGCCAAAACCAAAAGUGUACCUAUAUAAUACCUACCAUUCGAUUCAACGUUGAGUUUUAACACUCAUCACGACUCACGAGUCGAAUUAAACAUAUUUUAUGAUUUAAUAGAACGAUGUAUAAUAUAUUACGUGGUCGGACGUUUUAAGUGAUAAAAUUCUUCUUUUAUACGCACGACAAUAAAAAAAAAAUACCAAAUAAACAACCUAUCAAUGAAUCCCGCAAUUUAAAAAUUAAUUUUGUAAUGGAAACGGCGAUUAUCGUAUAUAAUAAAGAGCGCGUUAUCGCAGGACAAAUAAACCGCUCCGGUUUUUCGUUUUGUUUUGUUGUUUAUCAUGCGGUUAUUCGCGGUUAUUAUCAACUCUUUAUAUUGUAUUAAGAGUCCAUGGCCGUACCGAAAUCACUCUAUAAAACAAUAAUAACGAUAAUAUAUUUUGUGAUUGUAGUGUACAAUACAAACAUAAUAAUUAUUAAAUUGUAUCGAUUUUCAUCGAGUGCUCUAUGAUGGAUAAACGUCCUUUUUUCUCUAACUGUCUCUCCUAAAAAGCAAUAAUAAUAAUAUCAGUUUAUUUUAUUUGUCAAUGUAAUAAGGAGCGUUUUCCGGGAAUGAUGGCUAUUAUGACGAAAACGUGUUCAAAUAAAUAAUUGAUUAUAAUCGACAAUUAUGACGCCGACGUGCUAUAAUUAUAAAUAUACGCGAAAUGCCAUGAUUUUUACGAUUUCCAUUAAAAUUUGAACUUAAAACAAUAAUUUGACCGACAAAUAUAACUUACAAUGAACCAUGUUUUCAAUUUCAAGCACGUCUGCUUGGCCAAAACAUUUUAUCACCAUAUAAAACCUAAUAAAAACGAAAAAUCUCGAAAAUAUCAAAUGUCUGUAUUUAGAUCAAAAAUCAUCGGAAUGUUUUGAAAAUUUUAUCAGGUCUAUAAAAUACUAGUAUAAGUAUUCUGUAAAAAUUUCGGGUUUCUAAAAUUAUUUUUACCGUAAAUGCAACAAAAAAACAAAAUCAAAAAUAACGAAACCCUUUUUACCCGUUUUCUGUACAUUUUCACGUAAUUUUCGCUACCGCAAAGAAACUCAAAAACUGAAAUCAUUUAAUGCAUUAACUAGACAAAUUUAUCAUUCAAAAAAAAUAAAUAUAGCCUAUAGGACGCGUGGAGGGGUGCGGUUAGUUUAUUGAAAAAUUUCACGACGUGAAAUUGUGUAUUAAAAGACAAUGGAUACAUACAAUUAAUCGUAAUUAGUAGAACAGACGUGUGAAAAUAUUUGGGACUUUCGACACCAUGAUAUUGCUUCUCAGCUCUAGGUCAAUAUAACAGAGUAAAUUUUGAUUAUGAAUCCAUUUUUUUUUUUUUUUUUUUUUUUUUUAUAUAUUUAUAUAUAUAAAUCAUCAGGAAAAUUUUCGUCGAAAUCUUCGUGAUUACAUAAAUCACAAUGUUAUAUAAUAGACGAUGGUUGACUAUUCUUCUUCCCACAACUAUUCGGAGGUUAUUCUUUAGAUCUUAAACUCGGCAUUAUUGUAUUUAUAAUCUUUGGUUAUAUCGUCUCUAUUCGCAUCGGAUGUGCAUUAUUUCCGAACCAUCUCCAGUCUAUAACCUCUCAUUCGUCUCUUGUUGACUAACUAAUUAAUUAAUAUUUAAUCGCGAAGAUUCUACAAAAGGGGGAUUUUACUGAUAAAAUUGUUCAAAUAUCGACCGGAUGUUGAAGAAUGGACUCUGUGCAAAACCUGCCUUUACCAUUUCCAUAUUCGUCCGGUCAAAAUCGUUUAUUCGGUAUAUUAUACGCAAUACAAUAUUAUUAUAUUAUCGGGUUCGGCCAUCCUUUCGGCGGCCCCGAAAAGUCGGGUAACACCCACCGUGACGAUGAUAUUAUACGUUUUAAAUUUUAAUUCGACUCGCCCGAACCAAUUUAAAAUUUGUAUUCUGCACCAGCGUCGCUAUAUUAUUAUUAUUACUUAUUAUAGGAUCGGCGCUACCGGUUUAUACAGAUUGUAUCGCUACUUCCUACAGUUAAAAAAUAUACAAUAUUUGUUUCGCCAGAAUCGUGUAUAUUUGUAUAAAAAUUAACGAAAAUGUCGAUAAAUCGAUCGAAUAAAGCAUUUUAAGUAUCUACUAUCUACUACCAGUCAGAAAUUCCACAACUUUUGAGGCACUUCGACAAAUUUGCUCGAAGCAUUUGCCUAACUUAAAAAGAUGAAUAAGAAAAGAUGUUUCUAAUAAAGUACCGCCGUCGAAAAAUCAAUAUUUUUUUAUAAAGUGUUACAUGAAAAACCUGAGAAUUUUUACUAAUCAAAUAAAAAACAUUUUCGUCCCGCCGCGCCGAUGAUUUUCAUUUCAGAUAUAAAAACACGUGAAACGAAUAAAAUAAAGGACGAUAUUCUGAAGGGAAAAUUAAACAUUUCGUAUACAAAGCUAUAACCGUAUAUAUUCAUUUUGCCGUGACCGCGAGAUACACGUGGUCGAUAUCGCCCGCGAACUCGUUCUCCGCGGUCGUAAUGAGUGCGUUUAUUAUUUUUUUUUUUUUUUUUUGCAGAAAGCCAAAUAUAGGUACGAUUACGACGUCACAACUAAAAAAAAAAUGCGAGACGAACGUUUUGCCAGUGUUUCCCAAAUAAAUUUUACUCGGUGACUUCUUCUCCUAAAAAAAAACACUAACAUUAACACGCAAAACCUCAGAUGUAUACGUAAUGUACUAUAGAUUGCUAAAUAGUAAUAAGAAGUAAGAUUCAAUCCGCCAUUUAAUUCGUGGCCCACGUGCCUCAUCAUCCACUUUUAUAUUGUGAUAACUGUUACAUCGUAAAAAAGUCUCGGUUUUAGAUACCGCGGAAACAAUGGUAAAAUGACAGACUCUGCGGAUAUCAUCGCUAUAAAAAAAUGUACGAUAAGGCCCAUGGGUCUCGAAUUAAGUGGCUGCUGUUCGCUUCAAGCAAUUAUACGAACAAUAUAAUAUAGCAUACUUAGAAAGCAAUAUAACAGAGAAUGGCCGCAGCAAAACAAAAUAUAUAAUCAGCAGGAUAGCACAGGUGAAAAGAGCUUUCCAAGAUAAAAACCAUAUACUGACUACUAAUAGCGUCAGCCUGGUGAUGAGGAAGACGUUACUAAAAUGUUAAAAUAUAUAUAUUAAGUGUGGUGCUGGAAACUUUUGAAAUGUGGUGCUUAAGGACAAUGCUUGUAAUACCCUGGACCAGUGACAAAUGAGAAAUAAAGAAGUACUAAUCCAGUUUAAAAAAAUAAAAGACCGACAGUUAUGGAAAAUUAUUCAAUCCAGAAGAUGAUAGGACACAUAUUAAAAUAUGAUAUUUUACUAGAGACAAUAAUUGAAGGUGAUGUUGAAGUGCGCAUUGGAAGAGAAGCCCUGCGAAAACUAAUCUAAUGAUCAAGAACAAAAGAAAUAAUUUAACUCUUAGCUAUGUAAUAUGUAUUAUAUAUAUUUGUUAUAAUAUUUAGUAUCGACAACUGAAUAGUCCGAAAAAACGGUUUGACGAUAAGAAUAGGUAUAUUGCUCCGAACAUUUUAUAAAUAUUUGACCGACGACAGUUGAUCGAUUAUUAUUUAUUAUUCUAUUUAUUUAUAUAAUUUGGUAUAAUAUUUUAGAGUUUGGCUGUUCGCGUCCCGGCGUAAUGGCUAAGAGGUAUUAUACACGCACCGUAGUAUUACAUUUCUCGUCUAUUUUUAGACUACCCUUCUGUUCACGUCUCGUCACGGCAUCCAAAAACUUCAAACACUAAUUCAAAUAUUAUAACAAAACGAUGGACUACCAUCCUGUCCAUCACCACGCACUAGAAAAUAACAACAGUUUCUAUAAAACGGUUAUAAAAUAUUAUGCAUUAAUCGUAAUUAUUGUAAAAAAAAAAAAAAAGAAAUGAAAUUGAAAAGAAGAAAAUGUCAAAUACCUAUAAAUAGGUCAAACAUCGUCAGAAUAUUUUGAAAAUUUGACAAUGGUUAUAAGAUAAUAUAAGUACUCUACGAAAGUGUCGAAUCUGUACGAUUAUUUUUAACCGAAUUAAAACAAGAAAAAACAAAAUCGAAAAUAAUGAAACUGUUAUUAUCGUAAAUAUUCCGUUUCUUCAACAGUUUUUUUCGAUUUUUAGCAAAACUACAAGGAAAAUUAAAAGGAUUACUUCCCGUAAAGCACCAAUCAGACGAAAUUUGCUUUUAGAAAAGAUGCUGCACUUUAAAAAUAGGAACAAGAUUUCUGGUGAAAAAUUUGUUAACGGGUAAUAGAAAAAAAAAAGUAUUAAUACGACAUACCUACAGAACUAUUAUUAUAAAAAUGAAGUGCAGUAGAUAUUAUGUAUGAUAUUUUGACGGUGGCAGUGAAUUUUAUUUGUAUCCUAAACUGUGUGUAUGUGUGCCAAAAACGUAGACAAUUAUUAUUAUUAUCUACAAUUACCACAAACGAAAACGAGAAUCUGUUUCUUUUACGUAAAACCUUUCUUUCGUUUGAAAGAAUAAUCGCUUCUAUCGUUGUGACGGUUAACGGCGGCGAAUGAAUCACUCUGUAUGCAUGUGUGAUAAUGUUCGUCUUUUAUUUGGUCCUAUCGCAGGACUCGACUAUUCCGAUAACGUUUUUUUUUUUUUAAGUAUAGUGUAUUGCCAUCGUAUUAUUAUUAUAUUUCCAAAACGCGCCGUCGGACCUUUGACCGAGAGUGUAGGGAUAUUAUUUUGGCGGCGUGGCGUUGUCAGCUAUUUUAUAUUAUAUGCAUUUAGUCGGAUGACGUAGUAUUUAUUAGCCGGUAUUAUUAUUAUUAUGUAUUAUUAUGUCGUCUCGUCUCGUCUUUAUCUCGUAAAUUAUGUCUACGAGAAGUCAUAUUAUAGAGCACAUAUUUUAUUAUAAUUAUAAUACGAAAAUCCCCCACCAUUAUAAUAACACAAUAAUAUUAUAAACGUCCGUUUCUGAACGGCCGCAAUAAUAAAUAUUAUGUGCCGCACAGAUAAAAUGCAUAUCUCCUGCUCGUCGUCGCGGUAUAGUCUCGGUUUUUGUCAUUGAAACCAGUCGUAUACGUUGCGAUUUUCGAUAUUUUAUUGUUUAAUCGACAGAGUUUUUCUCAUUUGUUAACACACGAAAAGUCAUCAAAUCACCUCCACCAACCUGAUCAAAAAUUCUGCAGCAAAGAUCUUGUAAAGUUUCUGAUUGGAGCAAGAUUCACGUGGUAGAAAAGUGAUUUACAGACACACCAAAAAAAAAACUUGAUCAUAGUAAAACCAAUACACGCUUCGUUUCGCUCAAAAUCUAAAAAAUGUAUAAUUCACAAAAUCGUAAAAUAACAUAUAACCUAACCUAACUUAUAUUGUUCUUCCAUAAACGUCAUUUGGAACAAAAUCAUAGGGUAGCAAGCAUUAUCUUGAAUAAUAUUAUGUUUAAUUCAGUAUUGUGGUCUAAUGAAGUGAGGGAGCAGUCAGUGGCUCAAUUUUCCAUCAGAUUUUGGUAGAGAUGUAUCUAAUAAUAAUUAUAGAAAUACAUUAGGCAAUCAUUUGAGCAAUAUUUUUUACUUUCAAAUUCGAUAUCAUAUAGCCGAUAGCGUAUAAUUGUAUUGGUGAAAUCAAAUUACGAAAAACCAAGAAAAUUAUAUUUUUUUUACAAAUUACUCAUUGGGUAGCAGUGGGAUUUGCAACCCCGAUAAAAAUGACUUGCUAUCCUUCGCUAUCCCGUAAUGACACCUAUACUAUUUUUCUAUGCAAAACAAAUAAAUCGAAAAAUAUAUAGUUGAUAUCUCUAAUAAACAAUUAGUGGGAAAAUUUUACCGAGAAAUUAAUUUCGGGUAUGUGUGCGAUACUACGAAAGUUUCGCAAAAACUUUUCAUUUUUUUUUUCUCAAGACAGAUUCUCUUACUUAUAUAUUGAACGUACAUGUUUCGGAUCAUAGUCCCGUCAUAUUUCUCGAACGAUUGUUACGCGCGAAAGUGACUAUCAUUGUUUUUUUUCCACUCGAAUAAUAAUAAUAAUAAUAAUAGUAAUGAAAAAACUCCUAACGUAAGCGGAUCUGUCUAUAAAAAAAUAAAACGCCCGUCAGUGACCUAAUAAGUGCUCGCGUUUCGUCAAAAACAGACAGUUGUCGUGUAUAAUACUUGUGUAGCGAGCUCGAUGUGAUAGACUGCAAUCGAUUGUAUGGACAAGGAAAAAAAAAUUAUUAUCGUAUACAAUAUUCCGGUUUUUUCGAUACGAUACUAAUAAAGAUAAUAUAUUUUAAAGUAUCGCACGUCUUGUUUUCAGGUCGAAAAUAAAAUUUCGAUGAGGUUUGAAACAUUUCAUUCUCUCCUCCCUAAUAAUUUUAACUGUCUUUUAGAUUCUGGUCGAAGCAAAUUUUAUUGAUUUUUUUUUUUUUUUGUAUAAUGGUUAAUCGAUCUCCCGAACGGCUCUGGCGAGCUAGGACUCGAUUCAUAGACUAAAGAUCAAAACGGUUUUUUUUUUUGUACACAUAUUAUUACGUCAUUAUCAAAUCUGUUGUUUUUAUUGGGAGCUUCGCGAGAAACACUAAAUGUGCGCCAUUACAAUAUUAAACUUUAUGGGCGAUUUUUAGCCUUAUUCCGUGUAGACAUAUUACCGCAAAAGAAAAUCAUUUGUAAUAUAUAUAUUUUUUUUAUUUCACAAAGAACUGCAGUGUGCAAUUUAUUUAGAACUGCACGUUUCGAUUACCGUACUGCAGAAAUACAAAACCCCGACCGUACCUAAAAAUAUGUUGCAUGCGGUUUUUUGUUUGUUUUAUAGAUGUUUGUCGAAAUUACCUACAACAGAGAAAUUAUAUUUUAAGGAGAGGUAUACCUGCAUAAAAUAAUAAUAAUACAUUAUUAUUGUCGAGUUACUCAAAACGUUGGCGUGUUUGCUCGUGCAGAAAAGUUUAAAAAGAUUAUUAUUUUUUAGCGUCUGCGGGCAAAGUUAUCUUCGGCGUAUAUUAUUCACUUACGAGUUUCGACAAUAACACGCGAUAUAAUAUUAUUAGGUAGGUACCUAUAUAACCUUACUAAUAUUCUGGAAACGACACUGGCGUUCGCGGCACGUGUCUAUCGAAACAAUCGUCGUCUAAUUGCGGUCGGCAAUUUUUUCAAGGUGCGAAUAUUAAAUAUUAUAAUAUAUAUAUAUAUAUAUUUAAUAGAGAAGAAUAUACGAAAUUGUAUACGUUCGUUUCGGCGCUGUUAAAAAAACAAACAAAAAAAAAACCGUAAACGCGUAUAUUUCUCGCACACCAAAUCACCUCCCGGCCGUGGCUAUUUCCACCUAAUAUAUAAGCCCGCGGUUCGGUUAUACGUAAAAAUACGUAUGAUUUUUCAAUGGCAUUCGAUAAAAUCUUCGCGAUGAGUUUUUUAACGAUCAACAUUUCAAUUCCUUCAAUGAAUUUUAUGCACCCGGAAAAAAAUUAAUCAAAAUGCCCCGUUUACGCGAUAUACUCGUAUUCGUUACUGUCUCCGGUGUACUGCUUGUGUAAUAUAUUAUUUAUUUAUCCUGAAUAAUAUCGCGGUGAUGGGAAUAAGAAGCGGGAGUUUUUCUUUCGAUAAAUAUUUAAAAGUGUAUAGUGUAUAUUAUACAUGUACCUCUUCUAAUUUUUAUAAAUCUUCUCGUGAACGCGACAAUUCUAGAUUCUCGUGACCCUGUAGGGAAUUUUUUAAAAACGUUUUCUAUGUUCAAAUGAACACACGGUAUAAAGUCCAUUGGCACUCUGCUGUAGACUUUACUUAAUGCGUAAUGUUCAGUGAUAUCUAUACUAUAUAUUAAAUAGAAAAUCGUAUAGAAAAUUUUUUAUUUUACAUAGGAAAAAUACUCUCAUUGGAAGAGUAACUGGGGAAAGACCAAUAGUUUAGGGAAAAUUUGGUGUAUUUAAUCGUGAAUUUUUUUUUAAAAUAGUUUUUUUUUUUUGGAUAAUCACCAAAAAUUUCGCUGUAAUAAGAAUCCCAUCCCUCUUAUCUCUUAUUACUUAUUGCUUUCGAUCACUGUUCGUUUAUUAUACCAAUUCGAAUAUAUUUUUAAAUAGUCUUCUUUCGAAUAUAGAAAAUAUGAUCGUCGUACAUUAUUAUUAGAGUAGAGUAAGGAUUUCAAAACGUUAAAAUUUACUCACUAAAUCAAAAAUACGUUAAAAAAAAUAAAUAAUAAUUAUGCUCUCAAAAUCUUCAAAUACAAAUCCUUAAAAAGAGUUAAAAAAAUAAUAAUUUUAGUGUACGCUAAAACAAAAUUUAAUUAAAACUUGUUGCGUACAUUCAAAGGCAUUCAAAUCUUAUAAUAUAACUCGACGUGUACACAACUAUAACGAAUAUAAAACAAACAUUCGUUACUCCUCUGCACUGCGACGUAUUGCGUAGGUAGGUAUAUUAUAUUAAUUUUUUUGAAGUAUCCAUUUUGUUUUUUGUUUUUUAUUCCGUCCUCGUCGUCGUUACACGCGUACUUAGCGGUUAUGUUAAAACGCAUGCGGUGCGGGCAAUUAUAUUAUUAUAUAUGCUCGUACUUAUUAUGUUAUUACCGUCGUCAUCGUAAUAUUUUUAUAAUAUAUUGAAAUUGAAAUAAAUAGUAUUUUAAAACGAGUUUACGACGACGCGUUAUCAUUUUUUAGUGCAUUUAACUAAACGACGACGACGGCAGCGGUGUGAACGCCGACGUUCAUCCGCCCGGAACCGAAUAUAAAAUAAUUUCGUCGAAAUAUAAAUUUUAUUUUCGAAUUUUUACUUUAUUUAAUAAUAUAAUAUUAUUGCAGCAUACUGCAAACUGUAAUAAUAAUAAUAAAAAAAGAAUACGGACAUACUUCGCACGAUGGAUGAGCCACUAUUAUAGAUGAGAAGUUGGGAAGGUAAAAUAUAGAGGGGAACUUAAUGUUCACAUAAAUUAAUCAUUGCUAACGAAAAACGAUUCUGAGCGGAGUUCGAUUAUACGUGUUUUAAAAGGCCGUAAUAUUUACGAUUUGAAAAUAAUAUAAUAAUAAUAGUUUCCCGGGUUUUUUUUCCUACUUAUUAGGAAAACUCCAGAGAAAAUCAAAAAAUUACCUCUUUAAAGUACCUAUCCAGUCAGAUUUCGUUUUAGAAAAUAUACUACAUUUGAACAUCGGAGCAAAAUUUCUAGUAGAAAAAAAUAAAAUAAACAUCAUUAUACAACCAAAAUAAAAUUACGAACAAAAUGUAUACACUUGAUGUUUUUUUUUUUUUUUUUAAAAAAAUUUCAAGAAGGUAAAUUUUUAAUAUUAUAUUAUAUAGGAAUGUAAACGUACGAAGACGUUCGUUUAUUUAUAGACGUAUUUAUAUUAUAAUAACAUUACGCGUUUAAAUAUUAUAAUACUUGUAUCUUACAUACGUAUGUAUAUUAUUAUAAUAAAGCGCGUAAAGUGAUGCAGAGUGCCAAAGUAUUUAUUGUUGCGCGCGAGUUUAAAUAAUAGUAUUUAUUUUUUUUUACCACAUUACUCGUGCGAGCCUAAACGGUCCGCGAAAAAAUUAAAAGAAAGAGAGAGACAAAUUAGCGUCUUGUUUGUCCCAUCACCGCCGCCGGCCUUGCAGGCUGCAAAAAACGUCGUGAAAUAUUAUUUUAAGAACAUUAAAAAGAAAAAAAAAAAAAAGUCCGCGACGAUUGGCAACAGAUCAAUAUUAUUAUAACGUAUAAAAAAAAAAUAUAUAUAUAUGAGUAUUUAAAUUUUAAGUAACGUAUACGACGACGGCCUGCACAUUUGCCAAUCACAGUGGUGGAUAUUAUAUACGUACACACGCCGCGGUAUAUUUUAAUUAUUUUAAUUUUGUUUUUUUCAAAUAUUUUUACCGCUAAGUUGAGUUCAGUUCGGAUGCUGCUGCCGUCGCAGCGGACGACUCGCGGUAUAUAUAUUUUUUUUAUUAUGUUUUGUUCUCUCCGGUAAAUUACUGUACACGAAAUUUUCGUCUAGUGAUGGUGUUUGUCGACUUCGGGGGAACUUGCAGACAAAAUAUAUUCCUCAUUAUAGUAUACUUAGGUACGUUUUUUUUUGUUUUUUUUGUUUUUCCCGGCCACGAUGUUAUAAUUAUAUUUUUUAUAAUGUGUUUGUGUGCGGGUUUUUAUCCGCCCCGAGCCGUUCGUUAAUUCUUUUUUUCUCGCGGGCGCAUUGGGACUAUAGUCUAUAGUAUUAUUAUAUAGGUAGGUACCUAAUGAAUGACGCGACGACUUCCGGAUUUUCCAUUUCGUUUUGUUUUCCUUUCGCCAUUUACAGCGGGUACGUAACUCCGUAAUCCCGUCGAUAGUUUUUUGUCGAAUACGCGAUUUGAGCUUUGGAAUGUUUUAACGUCUCGAGUCCUCGUCGGUGUUUUUCAUAUUAUUAAACAAUAUUACAUGGUUUUUAUGUGAUUCUGUAGCGCAUUAAACAACAAAAUAUCUGUCGCGGUGUGUUCAAUUUACGGCGAAUUUCGCGUUGAACUAUAGGCGCAAAGUCGAAUACUAUUUGUUGCUGGCGUAAUUGCAGUACACGACUCUGUCUUGUAGCUUUGGCUAUCGUAUUCAUAUCGCGUCAGUACAGUUUUCCUCGGUACUUCCCAGUGGUCUAUUUGCUUGGCGUUUCAUCGCUGCCUUACCUGCAGUCUCGUAUUUUUCUCUCUUCGUUAUUUGCAAAAUAACAAUAUCGACAUUUUUCUGAAGAUCCCCGCGGUCCUCCUGUAGAAAUAGUUCUGCGGAAAUUCAUUAUAGUAUUAUAUCGGACAUUUUGCGUUUGUAUUUUUGACAUUUUCCCCCGUAAAAAUUUAAGCACGCCCUUACACCAACGGUCCCCCAACCAAAGGAUCCGGCACUGAUUAUAAUGUUAAUUCAGUGGCGCCCGAACUGUAUUUUUAUGGUGUAGCAGAAUCUGAAAUUGAAAACCACCACCCACCUCGAAAACUUUUACACUCAUAAAUAUGCACUUUCCAACCCCUAUACAACGUACUGCCGUGAACGUUUAUACCCAUUCUGCCCGACUACGGGGAACGCCCGGCCGAAACACGAUGCGUAGCAACGUGCUACACUCGAAGUUUAGUUCGGGCGCCGACGAAUGUUACACUCGUUAUCGGUGAAAAACUGAUAUACAAAUACCUAUGCACGCGAACUUCCGCGGCCCAUUUUAUCAUUAUCAUCGUCAUUACGAUUGUUGCGAUUUAUGUCGUUAGAUAUUAUUAUUAUAUAUAAAUAUGUUUUUUUUAUUAUUAUUUUAUUCUAUGAAAAAUAUAAUAUUCGUUCAACCUUCGGUCACGAUACGCACGAACAAUGGCCGUAUACACUUUAUUCGAUAGCAUUAAAUAAUACGCGCACUCGAGCACACGCGUCAUUAUUAUUGUACAUUUUAUAAUAGGAAUAAUGACGAUGCCAAACAUCCUGGUUAGGGCUGAACGGUUCUAUUCUAGAACGCGCGAACGCCGGUGCCGCCGCCGGUCGUCCCCCGCCGGCCUACCGGCGUGUGCCCGCGCGCAGUCCGUUAUGUAGGUUAGGCCGUAUUUCAAUAUGCCGCCGCCGCCGAACGUUAGCCGCGAGCUGGCUGGCGACCUCGUAACGACGAGCUCCGCGCGCGCGCGCACACGAUAAUAGGCAGGUAUAAUGCCGCGUCGCGUUAUCGUCGCCGAUAACACGAGCGGGGUUAAAAUCGUAAUUAUUGCUGUUGUCGCGAUAACGGUGUAACUGGUAAUUUGUGUUUACCGCGCCGCCGCCGCGCCGUCCGUUUUGAAACGCGUAAACGGACGACGCGAUUGGAGGAGCGUUACCUACGCGCGUGCGCGCGCCGCGUACAAUUGUAAUAAUAUGUUCGCGUGUACGUACACGCGGCGCGUAACGGCCGCGUUUUGGCGUCGCAGCUUUCAGCAAGCCGGUCACCCGCCCCGGUUUGUGGCGAACAAACCGUUUCGGCGAUGUCGUUUACCGCGAUAAUAAUCGUUUGACGGCCGUACGGUCACUUUUCCACCGGUAUGUUGCUGUCGCGGGAUCAUCGGCGAACAGUCGAACGCCGCGUUCGCCGUCUUCGGCCGUGUCCGUUGGUCGGGUUUACUGUAAAUCCGUUCGGCGGCCGAGCAGCGAACAGCGCGGCAAACUGUUUACCGAAAACUGUAUCGCCAAAACGCGUCCGACGUGUACAUAGCGUAUACGCAGGUAUUGGCCGUCCGGUCGCGCAGCUCCGUUUAUUCGGCGGGUGCCUAUUUGGAGUCGCACCUGUAUACACACACGCACACGUAAAGGCACGUCCGCACCUGAGCACAUUGAGGCCGAGCAGCCGAGAGGUUGACGAUCGCUCCGCACGUUGAAUAUGCGCGUACAGAAGCGGCAGAAAAUGUGCGCGGAAAACCGAACAAUCGCAAUCCGUACGUCGGGCGCAAUCGGUCUCCGCGGAAUCCGCGUUCAAUGUGUUGCGGCGAUUCCCAAAGUUUUUUAAAAAAAAAACAAAACAAAACAAAACGAAAGCACCGAGUCUAAUGAUCAUGCGCCUACCUACUGUAUAUUUUAACUCUCAAGUACAUUCGUGUAUGAUCGUCAAAAACCUAUAAACGAAUGCUUGUUUUGUGAUCGGGUGUGGACGCCGCUUUUGUGUACAUCGCGUGUGUAUAAUAAUAAUAUCUAUAUAUAUUAUGUAAAUCAAGUUCUCUAAUUUAUUUUUCGCGUACCGCUUAUAUGUAUUAUGGAUCAGUCACGUACUUCACGACUAAAAAUUGAACUAUUCAGAAUGCCUAUACAUUUAUUUCAAAAUUAUUAGGUAUCUAGCAGUAAAAAAUACUGCAGUAUAAUUAACAUUAUACAAAUUAAGAAAAUAUAAUGUCGUAGUCGGUCGAUUAAAAGCAUUUGAAAAAUAAAACGUACAGUGAGUGUAGCAGAGAUGAGAAUAGAGUUACGAGAGAAGAUAGGACAAGGAAUGAGUAGGUUAGACGUGGUUUCGAUAGUUGACAAAAUGAAAGCAAAUAGACAGAGAUGGUUUGGGCAUGUCGUAUAAGUAGAGACGAAACAGUACGAAUUGUAAUAGAAAUAAACGUAGAAGAAAAUAGGGGUAAAGAAAUAUCGAAAAAUAAGUGGUUCGAUGAGAUUGAGAACGAGGAUAUGAGGACGGCGAGUGAUGUAUAUGCAAGAACGAUGUGGGAGAUUGGGUCAAAUGGAAGUUUAGAACGAGUGAUAAUCGAAUAGUCGGGACGAAGGCGAAGUAGAAAAAUUAGACAAUUUUACGAACUGCCAUCGGUCGGCCUGUUGCCUACCGCAUACCCACCACAGUUUGAAAAUCGCUUAUAUAAACAGAAAUAUAUCGUAUAAAUUGUAUACGGUGUAAUUUUCGCAAGGCGGCUUUGUCGACGAUUUUACCGCCGUUAAACGACGAGCAUUUCGGGUUUUCGAACUUUCGUAUACGCACGAAAUGUAAUAUCGUUAUUCGACUUUCGUUUAACCCAGUCCAUAAAAUUCGGUGCACAUCCCGCAGUACCUAAUACACUGCAGGACCGUAAUAUCGUCGAGUUGCGCGAUACGCGAAACCUUAUACAUACGUAUAUACGGUUCCAAAAUUGUUGGUUGUCUCCCCGUGGUUUUGAAACCUUUUCUCUCUCUCUCUCUCUCUCUCUCUCUCUCUCUCUCUCUCGGUCUUAACAAUGUAAUAUCAUUAUAUAAUAUCGGAUUCGUUUUUAAAACCAUUCGAGUAUUAAAUUAUAAUCCGUAGUUAUUGGUACAACCGAAUUAUAUUCGAAUAGUUUUUUUUUUUUUUUUUUCAAAUAUUUUAUAGUUCAUCCGAAUAAAAGCAUUCAGUCACGGAGAAAAAUAUUCAAUUGUCCAUCUAGACUUUCGAAAACUAUCGAUAGUGUAAAUUAUUCGGAAGCGUCUUUCACUAUAGUAAUGUUUAUGCCGUCUGAAAUCGGUUUAGUAUUCUGCACUGCAAUAAUAUAUUAUCAAAAUAAUCCUUGGACGUUUCUGAUCGGCCCGUGACCACCCGUGUAUUUUUGGAAUUACAAUAAUAAAACAAUUUUAGUCCGUGGCUUGUUCUGCGAUGGAAACGACCCUUGCUGCUGUACACAUCACUCGAAUCAGCCGCUCGCGCGUUUCUGGGUCAACGAGUCGCCCGCGGAAUAAGGAGGGUUCACACUGUAGAGCUUUGACGUUUGCUUGUAUCGGGGAAAAAUUAAUAAAAACAAAUUGUUCUGGAACAAAGGAGAAAAUAAUGAUUUUAUCAUAUAUUUUUUUUUAUCAUAAAAAUGCACACUUAAUAUUUCUUGAGUGCAGAGUUUGCUUCACGUGUUUAGUUUUCUACUGACGUGAACUAACUUGUAUUUUGUUCAGCCCGAAUACUCGCACAUCGUAGUCCCAAACAUCAAACAAUCGUUUACGCGUUCAAUUGUGCCCGUUUUCAUUUGUGUCAACCAAGGACAGCGAUAAAAUUCGCAAAAAUCAAAUAUUCGUUUGUAGACGAUAAGAUGUGUACAAUCUUGCGGUUUGCUCUGCGAAUAAAACUGAACGCGGUAUACAAAACCAUCGUCGCUUGUUUUACAAAGAAUAACGAUCCGAUUUCUCUCUAAAAGUCGGAACUUCUUAAAUUCUGAGCUAAGCGACGGAAGUAUUACGCUAUAAACAGUCGCGAUUUUGUCCGCGAAAACAACAAAAUAUUAAUAAAAACGGUUCUCGGUGAUAAAACGCCGCGGCCAUCUCGCGUGUUUACGCGCUCCUCGUUCGCGUUUUCCGAAACUUUCUUGUGGACGGCCGGCGCACGUCAAAGUCAAAAACACUCGUGAUCGGUUCCCAUAUGACGUAUAUAAAAUCAUAAAUUAUAUUAUAUACCCGGCUUAUCGAUUCCCAGUUGUCGGCCGCCGAUCUUAUUAUGUAUUUAUGCGUAUACCCGGAUAGGUUAGGUAUAUACGUAGGAAACCGGACGCGCGGAAAUAAUAACCACCUAUGAUAUAUAUAUAUGGAGGAUAUCCUCAUCAAAAAAAAAAAAAAAUACGCUCCGAAUCUAGAAAAAAAAAUCACCUCUGCCGCAGUAUAAUAAUAUAAUAUGACUGCGAAAUGUCCAUACAUGAAUAUAUUUUGUCGACGUUGAUUACAUUAUAUAGAUUUGUCGUGUUCUUUCGAAUUCUACAUACAUGCGCAUUUACAAAGACGUGUCGAUGUUAUGCACGGUGCAUGCAGUUCACCUUUAACACAUAUCCAAAUUAACUAUACCCAUGUAUUUUCCGUUCGCCGAAUAAUAUUAAUAAUAAUAUAAAACGUUAUUUUAUUUUUAUUAAAUAUACGCGAUAACCCUCUCGAACACGAUAUACGCAUACAUUAUACGCGUAUACACGUUAAUUGUUACAAUUUAUUACUUGAAGCUUAAUACUCACUGCUUACUAUUCGUUACUUCUUAACUAGACGGGUAUUGUAUAAAAAAAAUCUAAAGAAACCAAGGGCCGACAUUGGCAUUCGUCACCGUACGUCCGAUGGGUUCAUUUUCAAGAUAGUUGGUGGAGGCAAAGGGAACAUAUAAGGGAGCUUAUUUAUUGGCUACAUCGUAAUUUAAUAAACAAUAUUUUGUCUACUUAUUAAAAAAAAAAAAAAUCAAAUCGUCGACGAUUAAUAUACAUAACUGACGUUUUUUUUUUUUUUAUUUAUUUACAGUAUAAUCGCACGUCAUCAAGAUGCACAUCGAGGUCAGCGUAGCGUUGAACUUUGUUAUCUCGUACCUGUACAACAAGCUGCCCAGACGGCGAGUGAACAUAUUCGGAGAGGAGCUGGAAAAAUGCUUGACCGAGAAGUUCGCGGGCCACUGGUACCCGGAGAAACCGUACCGCGGCUCCGCGUACCGGUGCAUCAAGACGGGAUCGCCCAUCGACCCGGUGUUCGAGAAGGCGUCCCGGGAAAGCGGCGUGGCCAUACAGGACAUCCUGGAAAACCUGCCGCAAGACCUGGCUGUUUGGGUGGACCCGGGCGAGGUGAGCUAUCGGAUCGGCGAGAAGGGCGCCGUCAAAAUCUUGUACAACGAGAACGGCGGCGGCAUCCAGUUUGACGCCCACGACGAUCGGACCGCCGACAGAGAGGUACGCUUAUAAUAUAUACGACAAACUUAUAAUAAUGAUAAACAUAAAUAAGUGUAUUCCGAGUAUUAAAGGGCAUUUGAAUGACGGUUAUGCACUUGACGUUCGGUAGAAUAAGAGAGAAGAAAAAUCACACGAAACCAUGGCGUAUUGUAAUAUUAUGCCACCCUGUGCGCGGUAUAGUUUAAAUUCCAUACAAAAUAUUUUUUUUAAAAAAAAACCCCCGUUUGAAUUGUUAUUUUUUUCGCAAGUUCAGGUUUUCUAAAAUUUUUUUUAAAUUCCAUCCGGGUUUAAUAUUCUAAAACUAUGACUCGUAAUGACUCGCAGUAAAUGUUCAGCGAUUUCGUUCAACCACGGUCGAUUUGCUUCCCGGUAUUUUUCUCGACUAUAAUAGUACGUAUCCCGCAUAUAGCAUUCAGCCGAUAAACGUAGACUAAAGCGAUUAAAGCGAUAGACGUAGACUCUAAACAAGGGGGUAGGGGGCUUAGGAGAGCUUAGCCCUCCCUGAACCAUCACAGUAAUAUUUGAAGUAAUUUACUUGAUAUUAAUAUUAUAGGUUUAAAACCAUAUAGAGCUCAGCUUCUAUGUAUUUUCAGUCUCUAUUUACUCCUACGGCGGUCGGAUUUUCAGCAGGAUUUCGUAUGAGCCGGUCUAUCGCCGUGGAUUACGGGUGCGCCCUUCAAUACCUUCUGAAUGAUAAUAAAUUAUGUAAUUGUAAUUAUUAGUUUUUGAAAUACUAUUCGGGAAAUACAGUACGCGGACAACUUAUUAAUCCGGUAAUAUACCGUCCGGAAAAAAGGAAGGCCGAUUUAUCAAUAAUACUCGACCGAUAUAGAACGACAAUAUUAAUGCCAAACAAAACAUAUUGUGGCUGGUACCCGAAACAGAAUAUUGUUUUCAAACGAAUUUCUAUAACAUGUAAAUCGGCGUCGUGCAGUAUACCGGGUGAUCCAUUUAAGUGGGUACACUCAUUAUCUCGAAAAGUAUUAACUUUUUCCGGGAUUUUUUUUCCAGUACAAUUAAGAAACAAGCUGCUCCACAAUUUUAUCCAUGUGUUAUUUUUUGUCACCCUUUUUUGGGGGGUGACUACCCACUACCUACUUUUAAAAUUUUCAAAUGGCACCUAUAUUAAAAAUUUCAUAAAUAUAUGAAAUAUUAGUUAAAAUAAAUUUUGGUGUUGAAAUUUUUGAUUUCCAUCGAUCUGUUGACGAGAUAUUCCACUUUUAAAUUUGGUUUGGAGGAGAGUGUUGUGUGGCGGUACGGCGCGCGGCGUGUUAAUAAUGCACUACUACUCUCCUCCAACCUAAAAUUAAAAGUGGUGUAUGUCGUCAACGGCUCGACAGAAAUCAAACAUUUCAACAUCAAAAUUUAUUUUAACUAACACUCAAUCUAUUCAUGGACUUUUAAAUAUAGGUUGUCGUUUGAAAAUCAACAGUAGGUAGUUGUUUUACCCCCGAAAAUAAGGGUGACAAAAAACAACACAAAUAUAAAAUUGCGGAGCAGCUCGUUUGUUAAAUUUUCUAGAGAACAAAUUCCGGAAAAAGUUAAUGAUUUCCGAGAUAAUGAGUGAACCCACUUAAAUGGAUCACCUGGUAUAAUGUGUAUAUUAUAAUAUUAUAAUGUUUAGGUACGUAUACAGUAGCAUUAUAGUCGCAGGUUACGGGGUUACUCGUUAUCGGACAUUGACACGCACCGUAUAUUACGUCGUUGUAUACCUGCGAUGCGUAUAAUGUUGUACUUUUUUCUUUUUCUUUUUUUCCGCGGUAAUAUCCCGGCACCGACACGAAGAACAUAAGAAUCCGAAAAUAAUACAACAUAAGUACCGAUAACGGAACCAAUUUUUUACUCUUUUUACUUUUAUUCCCGUUUUGCUUUGCCCGUAUAUUGAACGAAAAAAAAAAAUAGAUGCUUAUACGGCGGACUAAAAGCGUUCUAGUGUGUCAUAUAUUUUUUCAUCCGGGUUACCAUAGGUACCCGCACACUACAAGGGUUAAACUAUAUAUCCGCUAAAUUUACGAGGGCAUAACAAUACUGUAAUACUGCGUUACUGUACCAAAAAAUACACAGAUUCAAAUAUGACGUUUUACGUUUUUUAACUUUUCACUUACCCGCCCAGUACUGCGCGUAGUUUUUCGUUUGUUUUUUUUCAUCCAUGUUACCAAGGCAACCCAUCCUAUUUCAAGCCAAUAAUUGACCGGCAGACAGCCAGAUAGAUUCUUUAUUUUAAAUUGUUAAAGUUGUUAUGGCAUUUUUAUUUCUGUUUGUAAUUUUAUUUCAUUUCAUCCGUGUUACUAAGACAAUUCAUAAUUUAAUAAAAAUAAUUUUCGUACCGAGUAACCUAAAUAUAUUUAAAAACCUUCCAUCCCCUUCAAGUUUUAUCUACGCGACAUAAAGAAGUCUAUGUCUUUUUAUUGUCUCUUUAUUGUUGAUUUUUGGAUAUUACAUGAUGACUGAAGGGGAAAAAUUAUGAUUAUUUCGUUAACGACGCACAGUGUUCCAAAACAGAAAUUUGCCGGUCAUAAUUAUUAAAACAUAACAUUUAUAACAAACCGUUUAAAAUUAUAGGAAUUAUAAUAGUAAAGAACUGCUCUAUCAAAAUUUUAAGGUUUACCCCCUCCCCCACCAAAAAUUUUUCGAAAUAUAUUAUGCUAAAUCAAAUAACUUAUAGAAUAUUAUAAUAAAAUUAAAACACCGCAAAUUUGGCAUUGCAUCAGUCUUACAUAAAAUCAGACACGUAUGCGGGGUAGGUUUAACCCCCCCCCCCUCCCCGAAAAUUAAUAGUUUUGUAAUUUAUUUAUUUAAACUUAAUAUUUUUUUAUGAAUAUUGAUUAAUAUAAAUUUUAUAAGAACCUCCCCUAAAUUUUUUUUUUGUGUACGUGUCUGCAUAAAAUUAUAGGUUGUUAUCGUUUACAGUGUUCGUACUAAGUACCUAUUGUUGUUAUUGAUAGUAGUUUUGUUUAUCUACCUAUAAAAAUAUCAGAGAAAUUUAAUUACAUUUAUCUAGAAUAUUUCUUCGAACUAGUUACAGUUUUACUUGCCCAGUCUUCGGAACCUUUUCAAUAAAUACAAAUUUCUAUAAUUUAAAAUACACACGGAAAAGGUCAAGAGAAUGUACCAAUCGAGAUUUAUUUCAACGUCUUAUGAUAAGUUCAGACCCACCUGUACGUUCACUAUAUAUUAAAGAAAAUAAAAGAAAACCACCAACAACUGAAAUGAUUGAAUUCAUAAUAUUUUCAGAUAAAGAUAGCGAUAGUGAAAGUGAUGAAAAUUACGAGAUCGAUAGUUACACAACUGUUUGUGAUGACAUUCCGUGAUUUUAUAAAAAACAAAUACGUGAUAAAACAAAUAUUUAUUUAUUUAGGGGCAACUUGGAGCUACUGAAUAUUAGACCUUAGUAUUCACUAUAGUUUCUGUUAUACAUAAAUAUAACUCUGAUCGUGGCGCAAAUAUUAAAAUUUUUUUUUUAUUAUUAUUUUACCGUUACUAAGAUAAUAUAAUAUUUACAAUUGGGCGAGUAAAUUACUUUUAAAAAGCUGUCGAUCACUUAUAAAAUGGUGUAUUUCGAUUUAACGAUUUACAAAUAUUUUCUUUUUAAACACUCUACCAAAAUUUACAACACCCUAUAAAAGUCUGCUUAUUGUUAUUAAAAGUAACGAAAAUGUAUUCUUAUUUGACUAAGGAAUAAAAAUUUCACAUUCAGGUAACUAAAAAAAAAAAAAAAAGGUUGAAAUAUUUUGAUUAUGACCGGCAAAUCUCUGUUUUCGAACACUGUGUGACGGUUUAUCGUUGCGUGUAUGUAAAGACAUAAAUUAAAUUCCUAUCUCCGUAUCCUCCCUGUAACGACUCUCCUCCUAAAAUACAGUAGUGGCACACCCAUCUGCGGCGGUAUCGGCCUUAUAAUUUUUUCGUUUGUUUUUCCAUUUAUGCGCACUUGCAUAUACACCGACUUAUAACGACCGUUUAUAACGUAUUAUUGCGCAAUAACCGUAAUAAUUUAAUACGGUAUAGCGGCGUGAUUAUUUUUAAUCUGGCCGCCGACGAAAUUAGGUAUACCUAUAUAACAUACCUGCAAGCUCAUAACGCGAUUAAAAGACACGUCCUUUUUUUUUUACUUGUUCUAAUGGAAAACGCGGCGGGAAAUUCGUCCGGAAUCAUCGUAUGUAAUAUAUUAUGUAUAAUACAAUAUGUUGUUGUUGUCUGUAUAUAUAUAUUUACGGACACGGGCGUAAGUUUGAAAACGUUUCGAGAGUGUACUUACACAUCAUUAUAAUACGAGGAACAUAUACGUGUAUAUUAUACGGUAUGUGUGCGACCAGACGAACAAUGCGGUGGAAACUAAAACAUUUAAUCCCUUCGAGUAUGCGUACACAACGCGCUUCGGCAUUAUGUGUACAAGUAUGCAUGUACAUAAUCGUGGUUAAAACCGAGCUUGUUUCUGCUGAUGGUAACCGUGUUUUCGGUGUAUUAUAAUAAUAUGGUUGUCGUGACGUCACGAAAUCGCCUUGUCCGUGUACAAUAAUAAUAAUUGAGAUAAUAUUUAUAUCGUCGAAGGCCCGACUGAACACAGGGAUUCCGGAAAACCGAAACUAUAUCUCCACCCCCGCCCCUUGUCACACCCAUAGUCGUGUCCGAUUUUAUUGCACUGAAAAUAACCGAAAUAUGCGCUAUAAUAUGCCAUAAAAACAUACAAAACAACACAGACAAAACAAAAAAUGUUUUUCCGGUCUGUUAACAAUUUAAAAAAAAAAAACUUGAAAUACAUAGGAGAGAAUAUUCUAGACAAAAAUAAAUAAAUACAACCAACGAGAAGUUAUACACGUAUACUGUUCGAUGGGCUGAGCUCCUCAAAAAUAGAUUGUAAUCUAUGUAACACGAAAAUGUGGCUAUUUUACAGACUAUUUUUAAUUCAAUAUAAACGAGAUUAAAUUUAUGCAAAAAAUAACAAUAUAAAAUUUCAUAUAUGGAGUCGCCGGUGCAGAAAACAAAAUAUGUAUUGCUCACUCAGCUAUUUUUAUCUGUGUUCCGUAAUAAUUAGCGAACGCUGUAAAAUCCGUUCGAUAUUUUUCGAAGACUUCCGUUUUAGGCUGAGCAGUUCUAUAUCACCUGUAUAAUUUUACCUUUUAAAUUUAGUUUCGUAUCGUUUAUCCGGUUCUACAAAAAUAUGAUUUCAUUGAAUAAAAAUAAUAAUUUAACAAGUUCAAAAAACCGUUCUUUAGUCACGCCAAUGGUUGGUGCCAUGGGAAAUUAGUGUUUUCAAAACUUUUACGUUUAAUUGAUUUUUCCGAACAUUAUUGUUAAAAUGCCUAUUUUUGACCCACGUGGAGUUCGGCCAUCGCCUUUUUUUUUCAUCCAAAUGCAAUUCGACUUUACCCAAUACGUCUGUAUAAAAAGCAACGAACUCGAACAUGAGGUUUUUUUGUUAACAGUAUUAACAGCUGCGGCGAGCGAUGAUGUUGGAAUAAAUGUUUUAUUGAAUUAUUUAUUUGUCGUUCAAUUACUAUCGUUUUUUUCGAAUCAUUACUCUUACACGGUACCUGUAAUACAUUAAAGACUGGCAAUUUAAACAAUUCGAAUUUUGAGAACGCGAGCCCGAAAUACCGAAUCGAGUAGACUUUUAUGGCACAGCUGGUGAAAAACAAUAGUGUAAGUUUAAUCAGACCGUCUUUUAUUUUGGGACAUUUCAAGAUCUAGUACAAACAAAGUGAUGAAUGCUUUGAAAAUCAUAUGCCAACGUUCUAUUUAGUCGAAAUAGCAUAAUAACGUCAUCAUAUAGUACAAUAAGUAUAGAGGUGCCGAGUAAAUUAUGUGCACAUUAUUAUUCAAUUCCCCUUCACAUUUCCCCUCUUUUUGUAGUUCACUAUAAUGCGUUGUAAUAAUGUCACGCUAUUUUCCACAGGUCGUGAAAACGUUCAACCCCGAGGCGCAGUGUUUCCGGCCCAUCGAUUCGGUGGCAUCCAGCCUGAGUUCAUUGAGCAUUUCGCCACCGGACAAGUGUUCGGCCGGUUCUCCGCCGUUAGGUAGCGGCGGCGGUUCUAACCACUCGUCACCGACGCACCAACACCACCAUCACCAUCAGCAUCACCAGCUCCAGCUCCAGCUCCAUCAACAACAGAACAACUCGCUGUUGUUCGGCAAGGCGUGCAGUACCAUGGCGGUGGGCGGUAGCAGUGCGAGCAGCACGAGCAGCAUCAGCAGCACCAGCAGUGUCGGCAGCAGCAGCGGUGCCAGCGUCCAGCAGGCGCUCCAACUCCAACAGUCGCUCCAACACCACCAGUCACAACAACAUCUACAAUCGCGGAGUCCGAACGGCGGCGGCAGUAGCGGUGGCUCUGUUGCGGGCGGUGCAGGCUCGGUGGUCGCAGCCGGAGGCGCUUACGUCCCGUGCCGGCAACCGUCCGCGCCGCUAACGUUCACCACGGCGUCGUUCGCGCAAACGAAAUUCGGCAGCACCAAACUCAAGUCCAACAACAAGCGAGCUAACAGGUUUUUGCAGUUCACUGAUUUUCUAGAAAAGUAGGCGGAAAUGACGCGAUUUACGCGCCACGCUUGUGAGAGUGAAAGGAAAAAUGGGUUGCACGCGACACAGUGUUUAGAAACUCGAAAUUCAGCACGUGGGUUCCUUAUGUUACACGAGGCGUCCAUCGCUAAAAGAAAAUGUUUUCAAAAUCCCAGAAAGGGCCCCCUCCGUCCGGCCGGCGCUUGAAUUUUCGACUCGGUAUGCGAAAACGUACCGAAUAUUCCGUUGAUUAUGUCUGGUUUCGGUUAUUGGUUAGGUAGUAUUGGUCGUAAAUAUAAAGUCUCGGAUCGCUCGGCGGACGGGAUGAGCUCUGAAACUGUACUAUACCUGUUCGGUUCGUUUAUUCUUUUUCCCCCGUUUACAAGAACAGUUUUAGCCUAACCUAACCCCUGAUUACACAGCAAUAUGUGCCGGACUCGAGUAUGCGGAUAAGGGGUUGUGUGUCGAAUGUUCGGCGACCCCUCUCUCUUCCCCACGGAAAAUUGUGCGUAACGCGUACCGCGCUUUACGGAGCGGCUAUUUUCGGGUGCACCUAUCGACACACUUUGUGCACUGUGAAAUCUCAAAUGUGCGCCGCCAUCGCUUGCGUUUUUGUCGCAGACGAGCCGCAGAUGUAAGGAAAACGUUUUUUUUUUUUCUCCAUUUGCACUGUUAUUCACAGCGUAAUCGUCGGUUAAGACACUCGUCAUCUCGGAAAGUGUUUACUUUUUCGGAAUUUUUUUUUUUUUUCAAGCAAAUAGCUCUAAAAUGUUACAUCGCCGUUACACGUUGUUAUCCGUAUUGUCUCGGGGCUGAAACUCGCUUUUGAUUUUCGAAUAGCCGCCUUACAUUACAAAUUCCACAAAUACACGGAGUAUUGGUCAAGACGGACAAUCAUUUCGGGGCGAACGGCUGUCAUUUUCGAUUUCCGCCAACGCCCCUCGCGCGCACCACCGGCCCCGGGCACAAUUAUUACGCGGCGCGCUUACGGUAAGCCUGCAAACAAAAUAACAACCGCCGGGGGCCUGUGCGAAUUUUCGACACGAAACUCUGCGCACUACAUUGUUUCGGGGUUUUUUUUUUUUUUUUUUUUUUUCGGUGUUUUUAUUCGUUUUUACCGUGUUUCGUUUGUUUCGCGGUGCACGCGCGCACGCGCCGUCGUACACGUAUUAUCCGGCGCACAAUCGCCCGAGCGCGCGAUCGGACACGCGAAUUAAAUCGGCACCGCGCACGUUUGUAAAAAAUAAUUUACAAAACCGCGCGCGGUUCUAGAGGUCGUUCCGUCGGUCGGUCGCCGCGAACCGACCGACGCCACGACACCGCCACGCACGGACCGCGUGCCGAUAUUUACGCACACUCGACGGCGGCCGCCGUGAACGUUCGCGGAUUUCCCGCGCCGCGGUCGCCCGUACUGUAAUUGUGCGCGCGCGGCGGUCUCGAACUCGAAUCGCCGGCGAAACAUAUAUCUGUUUUUUUGUUUUUUUUGGGGGGGGAGGGCCCUUUUUUUGCCCCGAUUGCGCCUAUCGAUUCGUUAUGAAUACUCGACACAUAUUCUCCAAGAACAACGGAUAUAAAAUUCGAUAUUAUGGCUAUUGGUUAUUGACGUUAUACUAUGCGAAUCGCAUACAAAAAGAAAUUUUAAAAAUCGCCUUGUACAUUUUUAUUGCGGGACACGUCAGGAGGGUUCGCAUUUAAGACCACUGCUGCAGUGUACAAGGUGUCCCGCGAAGAUUAUACGCCUAUCCCGAUGGGUAUCUCAGAAAGUAGCAAUCGAAUUAAUUUUUAAAUGGCUAAAAUGUGUUUGGGCUAAACGGGUCUGGCCCAUUUAAAACACAAGCGGCUCUAAAAUAUUACGCGUACAUUAUUUUUCGUCGCUAUUAUUUUCGUGGUGUAUAAAGACUAUUAAUUGUCAUUUUAAAUCAUUUUCAACACGAAAAUACGUUUAAACUAAUAAUCCAUCCAUUUGUGAAGUUUUCAAUAAAUUAAUAAAUUAAUACUUUCUGAGAUAUCGCGGUGGGUAUAUUUUCGUGGGACACUCUGUAUACAUCAGAUGGCGUCGAAAAUAAAUCAUUUUACGGUCCCGAAAACAAAAAGAGAAUGGGGAAUUUGUCGGAAGCCCUCGGUAGAACAAGGAGAACUUUAUUGUAUUUGUGCGACGUUUUGGUUUUAUCUCUUUGAUAUUAAAAAAAAAUACAAACAAAAAGUCAUUAUUAUUAUUUAAAAAUAUUUUUAAGUUCUCCGAACUCUUACAACUUUGUUCGUAUAAUAUUUAUAACGAAAAGCAACGUUGCACAGUGCGAGUUCUCUUUGUUUUACUGUGAAGAUUCGGUUUUUUAAUUAUGCGCCGAGUAGUCCCGAGUAAUUUUUGCCCACGCGAAACGGUUUUUCGUAAAUAGUUUUAUUAAUUUCACGGCUACACAAUAAUUAUUCGUGAUCACGACACGCAGCGCUACUUGUAAAUGUAAUUGAAGUUUUAUAUUUUAGAGUUGACCGGAUUUCGAGAAAAUUGCCUACGCGCAACCCCUUAAAAGUUCUAGAUGCUUAUGCACGUCCUCUAAACACAUGGGCGUGAUAAGCGCGCGUGCCUAGGACUAAUUCAAUGGCACAACGCGAUUUCAAUUAUUCCAUGUCUACAGUGAUGCGCAGUAGCAUUCCGAAAUUAACCAUAAUAUGAUAACCGUCCGUCGUAAAAAUUCAAAUCACUCGUAAUAAUAAUAAUUAUAAGAUAACUUUGCGGCCGAAAUUCCCGGUCUUGGUUAUGAUAUUAUAAUAUCGUUCAGAUAACGUCGCGCCAGGGCUAUAUCCGAGCUUGAUCCGAGGCCCGCGGACCUCUGGAGUUUUGUCCACGCCACUUUUUUCCGCGCGUUCGUCGUCCAAAUAUUAUUAUCAUACCUAGUCGAAUCGAUCGCGGUUUUUUUCUCAACUAUCCUCCGUCGGGCGCGCGCCCCGAACUACCAAAACGAUCCCGUCCGAAAUAAUCGUGUUGCGGACAACACGUUAACGUCAUUUCCGACACGCGUCCCAGCGGAAGUCGGUGCGUGCAUUUGAUCGGGGCGGGCGAUGUUUGAAAUUUCGAUCGGUAUUUUUACGGCCCGACUGUCUAUUAUUACAGGUAGGUAUACCGAAAAUGCCGUCGGCCCUACGUACGGACCGGGUCGGACACCCGCCGUUAUGCGACGAGUGCACGUUUAUUAUAAUAAAACGGGCAACGGCACAAAUAUUUAAUGUUGUGCGUGUGUGUUUUUCCGCGUACGAAUUGUUGACAGGGCGCCAACGCAGAGGCGUAGAGGUACGUGGCGAAAAAACCGUGUCGCCCGCGGUCAUAGGGUGUUAAAUUUUUCACGGUCGGCACCAAACAACGGCGAAUGAAAAACAAAAAAAAAAAAAUAGAACAAUAGGCCCCGACGAAAUCCCUUGAACGAAAGAAACGCCUCGCACGUAUAAUAUUUUUAUAUUUUUUCUACUCGAUUACAUUGUAGUUUGACCGUCAGUCUCGCAGUGACGUGUGGUUACCGUUGUAUUUACGGAGGCAGACGGAGCGGAUAAUCUGGCCGAGACGUGUUUAUUCUAUUAUACGGGGUCAGAGGUCUAUGCGAUUAUUGUUCAACGUUCCGCGCGUAAAUGGAAUUUUUUGUAAGUUGGGUAAGGUCGGGAAAAUCCGUUGCGAUUUAAAUACGCGUGCGAGCUGGCGAAUAUCAUUUUCGUCGUUAUCGAGAUUUCGUAAUAUUAACGGCCGCCCUGCGCAAUAAAAAAAUAAUAAUUUAAAAAAUAAUAAUCAUAAACAUCACAAAAACACGCCCCCUGGGAACCGGCGAAUUAUACGGGGUGGUGCGGGAAAUCUAACGGGUCGGCCUUAUCGCGAUACGCACGCGGAGGGUUGGACGGGAACGUUUAAAAAACUACAAAACGAUAUAUUUUAUACUUAAAAAAAAAAAAAAAAAAAAAUCACCGAAACAAUGCGUGCGGAGAGAACAUAAAGUUUAUUUUCAAAUAAUUAUUGUUAUUAUAUUAUCAUAACGUAUGGGUACCCUAUUUAGUUUUGUUGUAUUUUAUACGUAAAAAACGGCCGCGGGAGGAAAACGGUAGAAAGUACCUGCGAGCCUUAAUGUUAUAUUAACACGCCCUGCGGCGCAGGUAUACGGUCGGAGAACAUUUUCGAGGGGUUAAGGGGCGACAUUUCGUCGAAAACUGAUUGUGAAAAUCCGCGCGCUCUGGCGUAGCACAAAUAGUUAUAAUGUGACGCGGCACUCUCGCGAUCUAAAUGUCUUUACGUCAGUGUUUGAAAAGCGUUCAGCUUGGUAGUAGAAAGUCCGUUGUACGGAACGGCGCCAGGGCGAAAAUUGUCUCGAUUGGAACGGGGAGUAGGGGUUUACGACGGCUUAUACGGGGGAGGGGGCCGCGCGAAAAGAGCGGUUGGCAAACGAGCGAAGGCGAGAGAAAAGAUUGCGCGAGCGAGCGUUCCGCCGAAGCCCCGCGACCACGGUUAAUACUUAUGUUCGUAUCGUUUUCCGCAGGAUGUCGCCCACCGAGUUCGCCAACUACAUCAAGCAGCGGGCGGCCAUGCAGCAGCAACAGAUGGUCGGCGGUGGCCAACAGCAGCAACGCCCCGCGUCACCGGCGCAACACCUCCAUCAGCACCGGGGCGGCCAGCCUAACGGCGGCGACGCGGCGUCCAACUACUUCUUCCAGCAACACCAGUACAACGGACAGGCCGGAGGUUACGGCCAGAGGCCCCGGCAGUCCAACGGCGGCGGUUCCGGGUACCAUCAUCACAACCGGAACAGCAUGACGGAUUACGCACCGGUGGCGCCAUCGAUGCAAUACGGCAAUAACGGCACCGGCGGUUGGCAGAAUUACGGCGUUGGAGACUUCGGACACUUUGCGGGCGGCUCGCCCAUGGGACCGCUGUCGCCGGCCUGUAACUACGGAGCUGCUGCUCAACAGCAACUGCAGUCCGCGGUGGGCGCCGCCAUCGGAGGUCCGGGCCAACAGCAACAACAGCAGCAGCAGCAGCAGCAACAGCAGCAACAGCAGCAGCAGCAGCAACAACCGAAAAUGCAGGACAGCUACAACAGCAUGCAGGGAUUGGGAUCGUCGUCGUCGUCGUACAGGUCCAGCCCCUACCAGCAUCUGUUGGUGGCCAACUGAUCCGCGACGACGACGAUGAUGGCGAAACACGGUUAACAACGUCCUCCCUCACUCCCCCUCCCCACUUUGCCGACGGCCGCUUAACCGCAAGUAUAUAAUAUGUAUUGUUGUAUCGUUGUCGUUGCGCGGUCACAGACAAACUUCCCCUACCACCGCCCCUCGUCCCCCCCGCCGCAUCGUUAUAUUUUUUUUUUUUUUUUUUUUCCCUCUGUUCUCUGUUCGCGUCGUUCCCUACCCCUGUGGCCCCUUUUUUCUCCGCCCGCAACAUAAUAUUACUUAUACUUUAUCGAUUCCUGUCUCCGUUCGAGAAAAACUCGCGCGCCCCGCACCCCGGUCUUCGCGCCGUACGGCCGGCCGCCGCCGUUCGUGUCACGCGCGCGUUACGCGAUAAUUCGUCACGCACGUCGGUAGGCACGUGGAUAGGUUGAUAGGAUGCAGUGUUGACCGACAGGGGUCGCGGCGGGCAGUUCGGUGUGUACAGGUACGGUAUGCCGAAUAGGAAAUUAUUUUUAGAGAGUUCUUCCGCCGUAGCACUACAGUUGUUUUUUUUUUUGUUUUUACUGUCCCGACGAAAAUCGCAUAUCAUGCGAGUACCCCGGCGUGCGCAUCGUUAAAAUGCGUACAAAAUAUGCAUAAAAAAAAAAAAAUAAAUAUCGGGUUCGUGAUUUACACAUAUAGCGCUACAAAAAGAGAAUCAGGCAAAAUCUUUAAUACCGUGUAUUGUACUUGCGUAUUAUUCGCGUGUAAUAUGUAGGGAAUUUAUUACGAGUUGUAUAUGAUAACAAUAAAAUAUCGAUACGAUGAUUGGAAAAAUUAUAACAAACGAUAAAAUAAUAUUAUCGUACAUUGUGUGAUUCAUCGCCGCAAGUAUUAGUAUUAAUUUUUUUUUUUUUUUUUUU